AUGAUAGUGGCUAAUUCGGGGCGAGAUAUUACUUCUUGCGCUCAUGGCUGCUUGUCAAUGCCUGGAUGCCUUUCCUUUAACUUUGGUGAAGAUGUCAGUCUCUGUGAGCUUAACAAUUCAUCAUCAACAAGGCACCUUCAAGACUUCACUUUGCGUCCUGGUUUCGUUUAUGGUCACUGGAUUACCCUAGCCGUAAUUCAGUAUGUCUUCACAACGCUCGGUGCGGAAGGUCCACUCGGUCCAAAUAACACAUCCGGGUAUGUUGGAACGUCCCUCGAGGGCAAAGUCCAACUUAAUAAUGGCAUUCAAGAGUGGACAGUUCCUUACACGGGUAUGUAUUUCAUCGAGGUGUUUGGUGCUUCAGGAGCGAACGGGACCUGCGCUAACUGUUCAGGAUGGAAACAUGGAGGGCUGGGAGCAAGAAUCGCGGGAUUAUUUGAACUGAGACUUGGGCAGAAGUUGAAGAUAUUGGUUGGACAACAGGGGCAGGUCAACCUUGAUUUCAAAGAAAACCCUGGAGGAGGUGGUGGAGGCACAUUUGUGACACUCAUGGACAAUUCGCCACUACUUAUUGCCGGAGGGGGAGGAGGUGGAAGUAUUUCAAUCGACGGAAACUUGGACGGCGAUCCUGGGCAAGCUGGGCAAAAUGGAACAAGGAACGGCGGCGCAUCGGGGUCUGGAGGUCGGAAAGCAAAUCCAGGAAUACAUUCUGGGACUGGAGCUGGCUUAUGGGGCGAUGGUGAAGGUAUUUUUGGGCAGGCACGCAGCUUCAGAAGUGGCGGCCAAAGUGCCAAAACACUCGGCUCAUUAGGGGGAUUUGGUGGAGGGGGCUAUGGUUUGGUUCUCCCCGGGGGGGGAGGCGGAUACUCCGGUGGAGGAGUGGAAGGGACUCUCAACAUUGGAGUCGCAGGAGGAGGAGGCUCCAUAAAUAACGGCUCCGCCCAGAUAAACGAGAGCGGGGUUGACAAAGGAGAUGGGAAGGUCAUAAUAACUCUCAGCACUUAAAAACUCGAGCUGCUUCAGUUCACCACUUUCCUGAUGAAACAUGUCAAGAACUUUUUUCCGAAGACGGAUAAGAAAAAUAAAAUGUAGUUCAGUAGUCUUUAUGGUGAUAUGGUUAAGGAAGAGGAAAUAAAAGAGAUAUAGAGGAAUAUACCUUGUCUGGUUUUUCAGGUAUAGUCUACGUAAGAACUCACUUAGCUCGUUUCGACUGUGUCUGGCUCUAUGAUUAAACGAUGAGGAUAGUUUCACAUCAAACUUCAUUAACAAAAAUCACGGAUUAUGGGGAAAAUAGACCCUGUUCCUGACAGAGGCAGCGAAGUGUUUUGAAACGUGGGGCGUGCUCAUCUUAUACUCAGCCAUACGCAUACCCCUACUCACCAAAAUGCCCUUUGCGUUGUUCGUUGGCACGAGCAAUCUUUAAAGUGUUUAGUGUGUCUGUAAUCGAUUUGUGACAACGCAUCAGUAGGCAGUUGAGGGUUCAGGCGGUUCUGACGGCUCUGCUUCAAUGUGCCUCUUGGGUAGUCCUUGAGUCGUCUGAGGACAGAAAAUGUGCGCUCUGAAGUCGCUGAUGUAACAGGUAUUGUCAAAUACAUCCGUGUUUUUCGGCUCAAAACGUGGGAGGCUCUGCCCUUCCCAAUUUUUUGUUUGAGGGGGCUACAGAUCCCCCUGCCCCCCUACUCCUCCGCCUAUGCCUGAGUCAAAAUGAAGUAAAAUAUAUGAACCCUUUUCCAGAGAUAAAGAGUCUGAAAUAUGAUUUUUAUACGCUGUUCUAGAGCCAGAGAGAGGCAAAAACCACACCCUGUUGAGAGGCACAUAGGUACCCGUACCGAGUGGAACAUCUAUAUAACGAAAUCCUCAUUAUAACGAACGAUAUUCUUCGCCACAGAAAUUGUACAGGGGCACCCAACGUCAAUUUUCGGAAAAUAUCUGUUCGGCAGACGAUUUGAGAUCUAGAAUUUUCGGAACAUUUGUUGUAAAAUUUCUUGCUUGCCUGCCUCUCCUAGGAUUUUCGAACAUCUAACAAAUAGUAUAAUUGCCAAUUUCUAACGGAUUUUUACCCUAAAAACGUCACCUAGAAUUUUCGGGAGUCUUUUUUCAGGCUGAAAUUUUCGAAAAGGUAAGUUUUGAUCCCUCUAGUUUUCGGAUCACUAGACUUUCAGCUUGGAAAUCUGAACAGAUGAAAAAUAUGCCUAUAUCUACCGUUUAAAUACUAAAAUACGUUUAACAAUGCUAUGUGGUUUUGAACUAUAUUCCCGUUGGGUGCCCCUUAUUGUAAAAUAUUUAUAUGAAAAAGAACCUCGAUAUAACGAAACCUCGUUAAAAAACGAACAUAUUUUCGCAGUCCCUUGGCCCGUCGUUAAAUCGAGGUUCCACUGUAGUCCCACACGACCUCAAAAUCUCGCAAGCUUUUUUAAGCUUUUUUAAUUUCGGCAUCUGAUGAGUCUAGUUUCGUUUGUGUGAGCUCCUUUCCUCCUUAAAGUCCCGAAAUUUUUUCCCGUUAAGCUAUUGGAUUUGCAGGCUAGGUAUCAAUGUCUAUGCAAGCCUUCCCUUGGAUUUUACCAUUUCGCGACUUCCUACCUACACGUUUUCACUAAGUAACGUGUUUCGAUGUCUUUCGGCCAUGCCCGCAACUGGAACACAAUCUAUUCUUCUUGCGACGGUAUCGAUGUCAAGCGCCAUCUUUAAAAGUAGAUUUAAUAGCUAUAGGUGAUAAAUGUUUAUUUCCUUUAGUUUUCAAGGAAGCAAAAGAAUUGCGUUACGCGGCUAACAGAUAAAGUCACGCUACCUUGUUGACACCAUUAACCUCUCGAUCUCGCGAUCACGUUCAAGAAAUUGCUCUUUAAUUUCUUCUCGGGUAAUAUUUCAUCGUCUAGUAACCGUGGAGAUUUCAUUUAAAACCACAAGAAAUUCAGAACUAGCAGAUUCUAAAGUCUUAUUGUUUUGGAGAGUUCAUGAAAAUUACAUCCGAGUGUUUGUUUGAGUAGUGAUUUGCAUAUGAUAAUUGACGCUUCUAUUCACUGAAACAAACAUGGCGCUUCGCUUGCUGUUGUGGCUUGUUGUUUUCAUUGUUCCUUCUCCAAGUUUUGCUUGUCCAACGAAAUGUUUAUGUACAGAGCAGGGCAGCAGAGGAUCGGCAGACUACAAAAGGAUUGUCGAUUGUGCAGGAAAACUCGGUGAUUUGAAUAGUAUUCCUUGGGACAUACCAGAUGACACAACGAACCUGUGAGUGAACUGUUUUUGCGUGCGUAAAUAUUUUAUCAUAUUACUUUAUUUUAUUAUCAGGUGGGGUAUUUGGUGCUUAUAUUUUACAGUUCUAUGUUAAUAUUUAAUUUAAAUCUGGUGCGUAGUCUUCGAGGUAAAAUCAUGCUGCCACAAGCUGUUAGUAAAAAUAACGGUUGUUACUCGACGCUAUAUUGCUUAGCGUGAAAAUAUAUCGUCACGAACUUCGUAAAAUUUUCACUUCUCGGUCGUCGUACAUUUUCAUUUUUAAAAAGCAAUUUGUCGUAAUUUCGUCUUAUUUUGUACUAUGAAUCUGAUGAAUGUCGCACAGGGCACAGGCAUACUCUGUAGAUUUCCCGCUGUUUUGAGCUAUUGUAGUUCGAGCUUGAUUCUGAAAACCGAAAACUGCUAAAACGAUCAAAACAACUUACAGCACAAAUCAGCAAAUCUGUAACCAGCCACAUAACUUUCGUUACCUAUUUUAAAUUCCUCGAAUGGUAGAGAUAAAUUUGAAAUAUAUUCUCUGCGUCCAAAAUUUUAUCCGCGUAACAAACAGGAUACCGUAAAGGAGAUAAAUAAGUCGUCGAUGAUGAUAAAUAUGACAGUUCGUGCUUGUUUGAUGGUUUGUAACUUUCAGACUGUGUUUUAAUUGAAAGUUACAUCUCAUCUGAAAUGAACAACUUCAAAGUUAUUUUAAACCUAAUGAGGAAAUCUUGAAAACCUCUUCGCUCUAGAGGGUUUUUUAUUAUUUUUAGCUUAUUAGCACUAUCCAGGUACAUUUGUGUUCUUUAUUCAAAUUUUCUUUUUUGGCACCUGAAAGUCAAACGCACGCGUUCAAAAAUCCGGUUUAUACCAUAUAGAAUAUUUUAUUACAUUUACAGUAACAUUAGAUCAAAAAGUUUUUAAUCCAUUGUUCAGUGGUCGAUGAUGUACGUGUUUAAUGGUCCGUUUUAAUCUCUUCCGAGGUUAAAACCAUGGGAAUGCAGACCUUCCCAACUUAAAAGAAUAUUAUCAUAUCAGGUAUUUAUUGUCCUCGAGUUCCGAGAUAGAGUCGAGUUAUUAAAUCGCGUGUCUUUCCAAGUGCUAGUAACUAAUCAACGCCAAAGGGGUAGAUUAAUUGUUGUACCCGAGCCAACCUUACCGCGUACGUGACAAUGCGCAUUUUCUAUAUGCCAAUAUCAUGAAUAUAGCGCUUUGAUAAUCGUUCGUUCGUUGGGCCAGUAUUGGUGCGAUAUAUUUAGUCCAACUGUCUCCUGCUUCGACAGAGGUUGCACAUUUACUUGAAUCUUAUCUUAACUUUGCUGUGAUAGUCAAACCAAUACACGGCCAGUAGUCACUCGAAUUGAAGGCGGUGUGCAUCAGCUUUUGAUCAUGAGUUGUUUUUCUAUCCAAGGCGUUAUUUCUAAGUCAAAACUGUUCCAUUAAAAAAAAUUGCUUUGAUAAUAUCAGCCUGGAAAAGGGUGGAUUUUCAUCCAAGAUUAAUUUUACUUGUAACAACUUCCCGGCAACUUGUAAACGGUGUUUAUAAAGAUCAUCUUGUAAAAUUUAACGCGUCAUUAAACAACAUGAUUAGUUUCCUAAUAAAAUCUUUUUUUUUUCUUUUAACACUUACUUAAACAAAUUAUAGCUGCAAUCAAUCUUAUCUGAAUCACGGGUGUAUCACAGGACAUUCAAAUUUCAAAACAUGCGUGUUAUAAAUUUGACGAUUCUGCUCUGUAAAUACUAUUCUACAAAGCUACUUAGCUAAUCUCUCCGUUCCUUGCUGUUGUAACAUAUUGAACCACAUUUAGUGGCAUUUGCAUGAUAUUUGUGAAUAGGUCUUUAAAUAAUGUAAAAGAAAGCCUCCUCAUUUAUACUACUGCCUUACCCUACUCUAGACGGGCAUCACAACCCCUCUCCCGACACUGAUCUACUUCUGCUAUUUGAAACGAGUAUUUUGAAAUAUGUUUUCUUAUUUUUACUGUUUAUAGAAUCCUGAAGGACAACAGGAUUGAACAACUCAGUGAGCAAGCCUUCAAGACCUUAACAAAACUUCUUGUCUUGUAAGUGAAAGUCCAUUGACUCCCAGUUCGUUCAUUCAUUUCUAUCUUAAUAUAAAACCCUGUUGCCAUCUGUCCACAGACUUUUUUCUUUUCUUUUUUUCGAGGAAUUUCAGGACCCCAAACCUCUUACGCUGGCGGGCGAAAGAUCCCACAUGCGUGCUUUUUCCACUAGAAUGUCUGUAAACAGGUUACCAUGUUAAAUAAUAGAACCAAGUUGGCAUUACUGAAAAACAUGUAGUCGGUGCCUCAUGAAGGUAGAAAACAUACGAUCAGCCGCACCAAAAGCGGGGCUAAAAGCAUGCGACUUGUCAGGGUCGGCCAGGGGGGUAGUGAAAUACCAAAAUACCCGAAAUAGACCUUCCAAUAUACCAAACUAGUAAAAUACCAAAAUUAAGAAAACCACGGUAUACUUUUAACCCAAAUUAGUUGUGAGUGAAUGCUUUAUACCCAAACUUCCGCAUAUAUAAAAUACUGUAUACCUGAAAUUAAAUUUCCCAAUAUACUGUAUACCCCAAAACCCUGGCUGUUCCUGACUGGUGCCGUCCUUUGUGUAGACUGUUCACAGUCCCCUAUUUUUUCGUGAGAUCGUUUAGAUAUACCGCGUCUUCUUACCGUAACGGCUAUCUUGAUUUUAAAAUGUACCGAGGGGGCGGGCGUCGGGGAUUAUGGCUGGGGGGAAGGGCGAGAAAAAUAGAAAAAUAUUUUUCUCGCUUUCUCCCAAACCGCCCCCGCCCCCUAGGUAGUUUUGACACUCAUGCAAGAUGGGUAGCCCGUAACGCAAAGCUCUCGGUCUCGAUGAUCUUACGGAAAAAUAGACGACUGUGAACAGUCUAUCCUUUGUGGGACUGUGGGCAGGGAAAGCAGUAUGCACUAAGAAGAGGCCUAAUGCAAAAACACAACCAGCGCUGAACCAUUGCCGAGAAAUGCACCUAAGCGCUUAAAAACUUUUAACACCGUUUCGUUUAACAACCGUUUCGUUUAAAUCUGUUUGCUUUUCAGAGAUUUGAGUAACAACCGUAUUACAGCAGUAAGGUCGAAGAUUUUCAGCUACCUACCAGCUCUAAAAGAAUUGUAAGUACUAGUGGCGGUUUCCGCUUGUGGGUUUCGUUUCUUCGUUGAUAGUUUGUCUAAAAAGAUUUGUAGACUACGAGUAGUCCCCCAUUUUUCCUCAGGGAUAGUGGAGCGGGUGAAACGCCGGCGCGCGUGAAAAUCACCCCACGCGUGUCGCCUUUUCUCGCGAAGGGUGAUUUCACGCGCGCUUGCGUUUUGCACGCUCUAUUAUCCCUGAGGAAAAAUGGGGGACUACUGUUAGUCUAAAAGGUUCGUCGCCAUUGCAGUUUCUGUUAGUAUUCUUCGCGUAUAUAUCGAAACUUGUCCAUGUUGAAGGUGCCGAAAAUCAAGCAACUGGUCAUUCGUGCGGCCAAUGCCCCCAACACACGCCUCGAAGUGAUAAACUCGUUUUUUCCGGGGAUAAGGAGGUUACAGAAAGCAUUAAGCAUUAAGUUGGAGCCAAGCUAAGAGAGAAAACACAUCAGCCUUAUCUUGUAUUGGUUUUUGCUCCUAAUUAGUCUGGAAAAGUUAGUUUGUUGUGUCAGAAGUCUUUAGAGCUUUAUAGCAAGAAUUCGGAAACUUCUGUCGCCAAUUUUCUGGUCUGUAGAGAGAUUUGCAGAUGAGUGUCGUGAAACCAACAGGCCGGGACGUAAGUAACUACUCUGACUUGGGAAAUCGCCAAACCAAUCAAAACCUGAGGGAAAAUGCUGGAAAUCUCUUGUAAGAAAGUCACGUUUUUUUUUAUUAUUUACACCUGACUGGUUGAAAAAGUGGCGCGAGAAAGCGUGACAGAGCAAAUCUUUCUUUCCACAUGCAAGUAAAGCGUGCCCUAGAUCGGAUCACUUUUUGCAUUUACAGGUACUUAAGUGGAAACCAGUUGACCUGCGACUGUAAACUGUAUGGAGUGUUCAAUGCAUCGCAACACUUACCAACAUUUACAGGAACUUGUUUCAAGCCGGAUGAAUUGCGUGGCAAGAAUAUAAAGUCACUCAAGCUGUUGGAGUUCUGUCGUAAGUACUUUUAAAGCGGCAAACAGACUAUUGGCGGGAAACGUAUGAAAGAGUUUCCUUUUUGUUGCGUGUCAAGACCUCAGACCUCAAGGAGACAAUAAUGACAACGCGUGCUGUUCCGGCACAAACUCCAGUAGGCUUGAGUUUUCGACAUGUUUCGAAACCCAGUUGGCAUUUAUUUUAGGUUAAGAAUCGCAGCAUAUGAAAUCUCGGUAUGGUAACUAACCUAAUCGUCUCUUUUAAACCUCGACACGGCUAAGUAUAUAACAGUUUUACAUAUAAAAUAGCCAUUGGCCUAGGGUUAGAUACAUUAUGCAGGCAUAAUCGUGUUUUGGAGCAUCGAGCAUAAUGCCGGCAUAAUGGCCAUUAUUUUCAGCAUAAAGAGAAUCAUAAUGAAAAAAUAUAUAUAUUUCCGUAACUAUGCUGAGACAUUUUUACUUCCAAGUACUUUUGCUAAUUAAGGAUUAACGUAUUUCAAGGUUUGAUUGCUUCUUUCAAUGUCUUGUUGCACCGUUGCAUCAUGUUGUUAGGCUGCUAAUUGUCUAUCCAUGGCUGCCAGUUCGAAUUUGUAACUGAUGCAGUAAAAUGUUGUGUAUUUAUGUCUGCGGGGAUGGAUAAGGGCAUCAAAUACAGCCAAGAUCAGUCGAGCAUAAUGCUACUUUUCGAGCAUAAUUUUAAAUCUUAAUGGUGUUGAUUUGAGGGUGACGCCCACAAGCAUACAGCUCAAAUUUUCGAGCAUAAUAUAUCUAACCCUACAUUGGCCCGAAAAAGUCCUCACUCUUAUACAAGCCCUUGCUUUUAUAUGCCGUGGAUGAUAUGUUUAUAUAUUAAUUAAUUAAUUUUUUUUUCUUUUUUCCUUUUUGGAGGGUAUGUCUUAGCAUGGGAAUUUGGUUUCCCCCUACUACCGUCCUGUUAACCAUUUUUGUAUUUUUGUUCGAUUGUAUAUGUUAGUAUUAGUUCAUUUGUAUCAGUUUUGUAUGGUUACGAACUGUGAUAAAAGAUUAAAGAUAUUGUUCACUCCUAUUUCUGGGUUGUUUUGUUGUUUCUUGAAACAGGUGGCUGUGACGCGGUAAAAGCACAAACAAACGCGGAUGCUGACGGAGAGUACUUCAUGCAAAUCGGCACGGACUGUGACAAACGUGUGCGCUUGUAUUGUCGAGGAAUGAGCACGGAUAGUCCUACAGAGUACGUCUCACUCCUUUCUGGUCCGAAAGACAACUAUGCUUAUGUGUAUGGCUACAAACAACCUUAUGCAUCUAGAGAAGAGUGCGUAAAGGCAGACGGUGAGUUUGUGUCCGCUCUUUGCGCGGCAAUACUGUUAUAGUAGGAUUACGAGGAUUUUUUUAUUGGCUCUUUAUAGGAUACUCGGAAAACUGGACCAAAUGUCGUCCUUCCAUGCCAUGGUGCAAUUCGACAGAACUAUAACUUAGUCUCGCGUGCUAACUCAAAAUGUCUCUUUAACAUUGUUACCCUUAUCAAAGUGUGUUUUCUUCCUUCUUUCAACUUGUUCUUAUACCAUUCAUGCAAUAUUAUCUAUCAAGCACGCCAGUCGAGGAAGGGAGAUUAGAGAAAAGUAAAAGGCGUAUGUUCUCUGUGAAAUUAAAUGGUGCAUUUGCGAUUUCAUCUAUUAGAGAGCUUUAGAUUCAAGGAUGAGGACAACGUUCUACGUAUUCUCAAAAAUAGACACCCUUAAUGACUUUUACUUUAUUUCACCUGAAAAGUUAACACGGUUAUUUUUGUUGCAGGAAGUUAAACCCUGCCCCGAUCGCAAAAUAAUAAAACAUUUGAUAACUUUUUCCGGCCAAUAAAACUCGUGGUAGAAUGUCGACGGCUAUCGCGUUUUCCCGCCAAAAUGACGCUGGUUCCCGCGCGGAAGAUUUCAAAGGUCUCUAUCUACUGUGAUGAUAAGGUGUCAUUCACUCCUUUCUUUACGAAUCGAGGCUCAACGUCAUGAGCGUCAGCAAAAAAGGCUAUAGCACAGGGAUACCAAGCUUUAUUUCAGGGUAGGAUUUUUCAUACUUAAAGUUUUUUCUCUGUUAGGAGCCUCAGUUUACUCGGAAGCUGGAUUCACAAACUUCACUAAAGUUCGUCUGGAUCUCAGUACCAUGACCCUUGUAGCUGAAGACUUCCAUUACUCAACAACAAGCUCUGGUAAAAAGAUCAAAUAUGGCGAAGCUGGGGAUUGCUUUUCUGCUAGUAAAGAGUACUGUCGCAAAGGAGAAUUUAAAAUUGAUCUAACAGGAACUGGCUUUCGUCUUAAGGCGAGUUUUCUUACUAUAAGUAAUUCCUAUGAAAAAUAGAAACGAAAGUCUUACUUAAAAGAAGGCACGUUUUUCUUCCUCAUUUGUGAUUAGUUUUCUUCAGAAUGGGAAUAACGCUGUAAAAAGGUGUCGUUGGUGUCAGUGUACUCAACAGUAGUUUUAAGUACGAAAUUGAAAUACUAAAAAGAGAAUCACGUUCGCAAAUGCUAAGGAUACCCGUUUUCUAGCCUGCAUAGCAAGCUUUUUCAACCGCGUUUUUGCGCAAAAGUUGGAGCGAGAGUAAAAUAAAUUGAAGAGGGGGGAAGGGAAGGGAAGAAGAGGACACUAUUCUCCCCUCUCCUCUCCCAUCAUUCCCUUUUUAUGCUCUCGUCCGAAUUCCCCACUCCAGAAACUAUAAGGGGAAUGGGUACAAGCUUUCGGUGCAACGAUCUCUGGGAUCGUUCGGGUGGACAAGCGUUACUUCUGAUUGGUGGAUGGUAUCCAAGGCAACCAUUAACCCAUCUCCCUAUAGUUUCUGGAGUGGCGAAUUUAUUCGACGAACUCGCGCAGAAACGCUUGCUACGCACGCUACCAGUUUUCUUAAGACUAUAAAAUUUCUUUCAGCAGGACUUUCGUUUUCGUGUAUUUUAAAGAGUUGGUGGACCUAGGGGAGAGACCUGGGGAGUCAGCCCUCCCUCCUUAAGUUUGAGACUAAACCGAGGCCUUGCUUUGGAUACACCAUAAAAUGUUUCAUUUUCAAUACAAAUUGCAAUAAUAGAACCGUCAUCUUCGAUUUGUUCUAUAUGUUAAGGUACAAAGACCCAGGGUGUCGUUUGUAAGAAGACAAUUCAAGUGACAUAACUUACCGCUGUCGGUCAUUUUCUUUCUUUUUAACGUGGCACUCUAAAACAAAGAGGGUUUAGAAGGACUUCCGUGCAUUCAAGCAGUCGUUAAUCACACUUUGUAGAUGAGAAGCAGUUAAUUUUGGCUUUAUUGCUCUUUUUGUAAAAAAAAAAGGUGAUAGAAGUCAUUUAGUUUAUGCAAAAGUUGCUUGUCUAAUCCUUAAUUUUGAUUUGGCCUUUUAGGACGACGUGGUCUGGGAACCAUACGGCACUCCGUCAGGUAUGAAGAAUCUGCUAGACGUGGAUGAGGAUCGCAGGCGCGUGUUUGGAGAGUGCGGGGGCUACUGUGGAGGUUGCAGGGCUCGUGGUGGAAAAUUAAAAGUGGAAGUGGAAAACUGUCAGAAGGGGUUCGAAUGUAAGACUUAUGUUGCCUGUCAACCUUGAAGAACAAGAAUGUAGUGUUUCCCUUAUUGCGUUCGACGUUAGGAGAACGCAACACCUAAUCUUGGAAUUCCUUGGUUAUCCUGGGGUACACGGGAUUGAACUUUUCAGCAAGAUUUUUUCGUCGUGCGUCCGUAUUUUGGGCGCCACUUUGAAUUACGUCAUAAUGCGCAUGCGCAUCACUCUGGUUCGGUCAUGGUCAAUCAAACGCUGCAAAUGGGCUUCGCAAGCACGGAGAUUUAUUAGUUCGCCGAGGGAAUGAAAUUCGAAGUUGUUUUUAAAGCAUAAUUAUACUGAUAAUCUUUGCCAUCCCUUUUUUGGAAAAGGACAAGCACCAAAACCAAAACGAAACUGGAAACUUCGAUAAAUCUUGGAACCACUGCAAACCGCGUCCGACCACCAUGACCGCACAGGUUUAAAAAAAAGGUUUGAUUCGCCACUUUAAAAACGAGAAGGAGACUGGCCGAGUUGACUUUCGCAAAGACUUCUGGGACUUACUUGGGACAGAGAAGAAUUGGCCAAUAGCUGACCGGCGCGUCCCCAGUAACCAUCCCAGAAACAAUUGCGGGACACAUUUCGGCACCAGUCCCCUUAUUGUUUCUAAAGUGGCGAAUUGCAGAUAAUUCGAAUCCAUUUAACAGAGAAAAGGUGGACUUCAUUGGUUAACUGACUCAUUGAUCAAAGACAACUGAUUUUCUCUUAUUGCCCUUGCAGCUUGUUAUAAAGGUCUUGGAAUGGAAGAUCGCUCCAUUAUAGACAGCCAAAUUACAAGUUCAACCUUCAAGACAGACGGAAGCAAAAGUUACAGACCAGAGUAUGGCCGAUUAAACAACAAACCUUCGGGGCUGAUGGGUGGGGCAUGGUGUGCAGCAAGAUCGGACACGUCCAGCUAUCUUCAGAUUGAUCUGAAAAAGGAGAUGACUCUAUCUGGAAUCGCUACACAAGGUCAAAAUGACGAACCUAACUGGGUUGCAAAGUAUUCCAUUGAGCACAGCAAAGAUGGAAACUACUGGCAACCUUUCAAAGAGUUUGGAAUUAAGAAGGUUUGUGCUGGUUCUGUUGUUAUCACACUUCAAUAGCGGGAUGGUUUGCCUGUGCACUGUCACUUUGAGCGGAAAACAUUAUGAAACGGGACGAGAUUACUCCAACACAGCCUAGUCCCAAGGCCUUCUCGGCUCGGUCAAACCUAGACUCUACCAUGACCUGUGGCGUCGACCGCACUUUUCCAGACUUCGCGCGGACAACGGGGCAAGAAGAGAGAACGCCUAGGGACUUGGCUGCAUUGUGCGAACACGUUAAAUUACCGUAAACGUCCGAAAAUAAGCCCCUCCAUGUAUAAGCCCCUCAAAAUAUAAGCCCUCCAAACCGGUAACACAAAAAUCCCUCCGUUAAAUCGUUCCCCCCCCAAUAUUAGCUCCGCGGGGGCUUGUACUUGGAAAAAUGCCCUCAAAUACAAAGUAAAACAAAUCCAAAACGGUAAAUUUGCUUCCAACUAUAAGGAAAGCCCAAUCGAUUUUGAAAGGCAAAUUCCCCUCCGUAGAUAAGCCCCUCCGAAUAUAAGCCCCUCCAAAAAUAAGCCCCUCAAGUAGGGCCUUUGAAAAAAAGAAGCCUCGGGGUUUAUUUUCGGAAUUUUACAGUAUGUUCAGUCUUGAUGGGCGGGACAAUUCCCUCAUACUGCAACCAGUCCCCGAGAACUUUAGACUGGUUCUCAUGUACGAUUCAUAAGAUUUCACGUUUUGUUGGUUUUCGUGGGAAAAUUUUCGAGAAUUGCGCCCUUAGUACCAACCUUUUCGCCUCUCUCACUUUGUAAGGGAAACGCCCUGGGUAUGCAGUAAUACCUGACGAGAAUUUUCUCAGGAAAGGUGUUCUAACACCAACACUACUAAAACAGGUUAUACUAGUUUGCCCUUUUUCUCAGGAACGGUACUCAGAUCUCUAACACCAACGCUGCUAAAGCAGGUUAUGGUAUUCGCCAGUGAGUCAAUAUGGCGGGAACUAAAUGGACGGUAAACGAAGCCAAUGUUCUUAAAGUCUUUUGCAGUCAUUUCCUCAAAGAAAUAGUUGGGAAUUUGACAAACGAUACCAGAAUUUCCUUUAGGUGAUCAUUUCAUUAAUUCUCAAUACCAUUUCUAUUGAUGAUGUAUGGAUAAUGUUAGUAGAAAAUUGAUGUUAGUCACUCUUGGGAGUUAGAGGGGUAAUUCCAAAGCAGUUUAGCCUCAGCCCACUGCUCUGUAUAACCAUACCUCGGGUGCGCAGGUCAUUCUAGCUGGCUAACGAAGUCGAUUGCAAAAAAAUUAACGACGGUUUCCUGUUCGUUACUUUCAGGAUUUUGAAGGAAAUGUUGACCAGAACAGCGUGAUGACUCAUUGGUUCAAUCAGCGGUUUCGUGCACGCUACGUGAAAAUUGUACCAAAGUUAAUCAGCAGUCCCACGAACUCAAUCUGUAUGCGUGUUGAGCUUUACGGAUGCGUUACCGGUAAAACGUCUUCUGAAUUCCCGUAGAAGUAGCCUGUUCCAGGCUUCAAGAUAGGAAUGUGCCGAGAUUGGGAAAACUGACGCGAAAAACAGGGGGAGCUGUGGAGAGAGGCCCCCUUUCCCAGAUCCCGCGAGUCUUAUUUUCACUUAGCUUGUUUUCGUGACGUCCCAACUAUCUGAGAGCCUGGCACAGGCUUUUUGGGAAACUGCCCACCUACUCCUCCGUUAAGCCAACAUUUUGCCCUGAGUGAGAAGCAAGUGUUAAUGUUGGCUUAGGGGAUGGGUAGGUGGGCAGUUUCUCAGAAACGUAUAAUGAUCCCUACGGUGAGAGACAGUAUUUUACAGAAUUUAAUGUUUUCCCCUUCUAACGUACGCUAAACCAACCAGACAAGAAUUCAGAAUGUUUGACGUUGACAAAAAAUGGAUACGAAAUACGGCGGUUUCGUUCUUACUUCGGCAUAUUUUAUAGCCUGCAAAGCGGACGAUUUUUUUCUCAAAAUUGUCCAGUUUGUAGUUGCGCUAAGCUCCGAUGGCAUAGCGCGAUGCGCGAGAGCCUUGCACAUGUGAAGUGAGAUCAGGGAGAAGAGGAGAAUUUUCAGCGUCUCUCCCAGGCCCUACUCCACGUCAGACCUUUCCGUUUGACUAUCGCUUGCAUUCUUGACCAACCCCAAAAAGAGCUGUUUUCCAGUCUAAACUGAACUAUAAGAGGAAAUGAAAAACCUGAAUGGCAACUAUUGGCUAUUGAAGUGUACGAAAGCAAUUGGGGGGUUGGAACUCAUUUCAGUGAUAGUGAAGCGGUGAUAAUAUUAAAAAGCGUUAGAAAUUGAUAACAGUGAGCUAUAACUUUCGUAGUUUUAAACCCGUGUCAUCUGAAAAACGUCAAAGCCCAUAAUUGUCUCUUUGGAUUCCAAUAGCCUUCGCUAUAUUUUAAAGGUAGUCUUUAAAACUUUCUUCUAGUGUUGCACAGAGGGUUUGCGUGGAAGGAACCGCAAACUCGUUCCCAGGGUUAUUACGUCAAAGUGGGAGCGCCGGGGAAAAGGGUCUGGGAACGAUGUCGAACUUAGCAUCAUAGAAUAACACUCACAUUUACGUAUGGGUUCAUAGAGGUGAUUGUUUCUAUUCCUGACAUUGUGUUGCGAAAGAAAUGCUUUACAUGAUUUAAUUGCCUUUUUGAAAUUAUACAAAUGCGUCUUCGUUUUUUUUACAGAUGUCGUUUCCGUCGUAAUACGUAGCUCAACAACGAAAAACUGCUGGAGUCCGCAAGCCAGCUCUAAUCCUUGCGAACCUGGGGAAGGGACGCAGCUCUCAUUGAAGUCUUUCUGUCAGGGGGAGGGUGUGAUGAUGUCUUUGCGCCGAGAUGGUUCUAUAGCGCACAGUUGUAGUGGAAAGUGCGUGUAUCGCAAUGAGGGCUCGUUCCUCGCCCUCAGAGAUGGACCAUGUGAAACUUUUACGAAGCAGGAAGAGAAUUCUGGAACCUUCUGGCUUAUCCACCAAGCCAGUGGCUUGUGUGUCAACUUGGAUGCUGCGAACAACUUGGUUUUGUCCAGCUGCAAUCCGAAGUAUUUGUUUGAGAUGACGCAGUCAGGUAUGGUCCCAUACAAGUAUUUUUGUCUCGUCCCCAGCGUUGCGUGACGAGACAAAAACGGCUACGUGAGACCCUUUUUUCCUUCUCAUCGUUCCUCGCGCUCUUUAUCUCCCUCUCUCCUCAACCUUGAAGGGGCAAAACGGAGGCAUCUACGGAGGAGUGACAGUAGCCAAGGGAGCAGUUUCUUUCAACACUGUUAAUAUUAGCGCUAGUAUCCAUACUCUAUCCCUGAUAAGACAAUCGACUAACCACUGGUGGUUGAAUUCCAGAUCUGUGACUUAUUCUACAUUACUAGACUUGACCCCCUCCACCCCAAGGUGUUAAAGAGGGUAGUGGAGACCGAUAGCAUAAUAACGAGGGGUAUAAAUGAUUGACUGUUGUCUCAUUUAUGUCAGAGAAAAGGGAUGGCGAUGAUGAUACUUAAAUCAAUCGACGAAUCAGUUGAUCAAUCAGACUUAAUUUACACAUACAGAGUAUAUGAAUUUCUUAUAUUUGAGCUGUGGGAUGACGAAAUAAAUGUAAAGAAGAUCAUCGCAGUUGAAGACACAAGUUAUAAAUUUCUUCAGGCUUUCUUUUUGCAACUUCAGAAGUUGCGUCUUCAACUCCGAUGAUCUUCUUUAGAUUUAUUUCAGACUUAGUGGGUUGGAAGGACACAGAGUUCUUACUGCCUUAUUUUCCCUCAGGUCUGCAACCAAUUAAACCGAAGUCCAAAACGGCUAGUGACCAGUACCUCACGCUCAACAAAGCAGGCUGGGUUCAUUGUAGCGUUGCCGCAGAUCCACGCGCGAAGUUCUUCUGGAGUAAAGCAAACCCCUGGCCAUUUGGAGAGCGCCUUGACGAGUUUGAAUUUGUGCCAUUUUCGAACGGUUCGCUGUUUGUGAGGAAGGCUAAGAAAAGUUAUGAGGGUGAUUAUUAUUGCACGGCUGUUAAUUCAGGAGGAUAUGAGUCUACAGACAUAAGUGUCAAAGUGGGAGGUAAGAACUCGGAGAUUGAAUUUUCGACCGAAAACUCGUGUGUUUAGGUGUUCCGUUCACACGUAACUAAGCUAACCUUACGAAAAUUUGAACGCUAAAUCGGGGUCAAAUGUUUAGCCGGUACGAUCAAAAAUUAAAUUGGCGCAAUGUGAACACCUUUGCACUCAAAUUUGACCGGCGUAUUGUGCACGCCAUAACCGGCUUAAUUUUUUGUGCGGCAAAGGCGCGGUUGCAUGGAUGCGUGGUUACUAAGCUGGGAACACGCCAUUUUGUGUUUGCUAUAGUAACGCUCUGCGCAUGGGCUGGUGGUAAAACCGCUGACAAAAGUUAAAUUCGACCUGGUUUGUUAGUUCCGUGUGAACAGAGCGAAAAAAAUUGAACUGUUCCCAUGUGAACGAAGUUUCCGGUCAAGUUUUUUAGCCAGUCGAAAAUUCGUCUAGUGCCAUGUGAACGUAGCCGCGGAUCAAUUUAGGUUUCUGGGAAACUGCCCACCUACCCCUCCCCUUAGUUAACAUUAACACUUACUUUUCAUUUAGGGCAAAAUGUUGGCUUAGGGGAUGGGUAGGUGGGCAGUUUUUUGAUUCGCCUGAUUAAGGGUAUUAACUUCCUAAUCUACCGUCGGUCCAUUGGUAAACGCACAGAGAAAGGAGUAUAGUGCAGAAGUCUCUCUUGCUUGUUCCUAUAUUCAAAUGAACAUGAUGAUCAACGGAACAGAUAUUUGUAACUAAUAUUGUAACCUUGAUGAACAACAACAUAUGCAACUCAUUAGGUUCUAAGGGAAACAGGAAAAAGUCUAACAGCUUUGCUUGGUGCAGAAACAAACCCUAUGCGACAGGUUGAUCUGGCCUCUUUUGUUCAAAAGGUGGAUAACGUUAUCAACUGGAUAAAUCUCUAUCCAGUAGAUAACGUAAUUGGCCUCCCUAAUACUUAUCCGCUGGAUACUGAUUUAUCCAACGGAUAACGCUAUCCAACGCAGUCCGUCAAACGCCCAGAAUCACAAAUUGACCUCUUCAGAAAAUACCAUAACGUACCAUAAUGCUCUUUGUUUGUCACACCAAAAUUUUGCAUAAGCAUUGUUUUCAGUUUCUCUUGGGGCCAUUUUAACUCCCAAGAGAAACUGAACACAAUGCUUAUGCAAAAUUUUGGAGUGACAAACAAAGGGCAUUAUGGCACGUUAUGGUAUUUUCUGGAGUGGUCAAUUACAAAUUUAAAAGAGAAGAAUAAAGUUAUCGGAAAUCUCCCAAGAGGAGACUAAAACAGAAUGAUAUCAUGAAAAUUUCAUUAUAUAUUCUUUUAAUCACAACGUAUCGAAGAAAGGCGCUAUGCAUACUUGCUUGUUGGCUUUGUCUUUCGUCUGUUUCUUCUUUUCGCGUUGCAGUAAUGUUCUCGCGUGAAUGUUCAGUUUACCUUCUGGUUGGAAAAUUGUGAAAAUUUCUCAGUCAAAAAAGGAAUAUUUGUAAGCUUAUUGGUUGUUUUCCCAUUGCAGAGCCACCCGUUUUUAUUGAAGUUCCGAAAGACUUGCAGACUUCAGUCAACAGGACCGCCAUGUUUAAUUGUAGAGCCAGUAUUGGAAGUCAGAUCACGUGGUUUAAGCGCAUGAAAGGAUCUUCUUCGCUAUCAUCUGUACAGAAGCUGGGCAAACGUUUUAACGUUUUCCCUAAUGGUUCACUGAAAAUACAUCCAGUUCAGAAAAUAGACGAAGCCUUUUAUCGGUGUCGGGCCGAAAAUCCAGUAGGAUAUAAUAAUGCUUCGGCUUUCCUUCGUGUUCUGGGUAUGUAUGACUUAAGACCUACUCUCGAUUGACUUGGGAGCCUUUAAAAGACAGUGUCACCUAGAUUUAUAGCCUGUGAACAGGCUCUCUGUUUGGGGAAAAAUAGCGAGGGAAGGGAGGGAAAAGGGCUUUUCCCUCUCCCCAGUUCACCGCUCGACCAAAGGCCUGUUCACAGGCUACUAGAUUUAGUGUUACGUAGCCUGCUAGCAAGCUUUCUGUCUCUAAAGGCGAGUUAAGCGAGUUUCGAUAGGACGCGCGAGCGAGCAGCUCUCGCGUCGCCUUUCUCGUGUCACUCGCGAGUGUCUUCUCACGAAAAUCCCCAAUUGGAGAUACUGGUCCCAGUCGUUACUUGGAAAUCCAACGGAAGGGUUUGUGUCAGUGGAUAUUACAAUGGUAUACAAACGAAAACGUGACUUAAAAAAACCUUUUAAACCGAAGCACAUACAGUGAAUCCGCAAUAAAACAAUUCCACGCUAAUAUCCUUAAAUUCUUAUAGAAGGACCACGGAAGAAAAACCUUUGGUCCAAAGAAAGUUUCAACAGUUUUUGCGAAAAAUUGGAUUGAAGGAGCCGAGAUAUUGUCAUUCAAAGCUAUUGAAUUAAAGGAUUUUAGCGUGGACUUUCUGGUUUAUCGGCUUUCUAGCAUUUUUCUGCGGAAAAAGGAAAAGGGAAACCUCUCACAAAGGCGGGAGGGAUCAUUCAUUUAGUAGGGGGACUAAACUCCUCCGACCCUACUCCCCAAAUUUUGUACAACCGUACUUAGUUGAAGACACUUUCAAGAGUUUUCGUCUACUAGUAUAGUAUUAUUAGAAAAGACCUGAUUUCCAAAUAUACUGAGAAUAUUCGAAUGUUUGUAGGCGUCCAAAUCUUCGCUUUUUAUUAUAAUAGCUUUGUUUAUAUUGAAUUUGAAAACUAUAUGUUCUUUUUGUUUCAAGUUCCUCCAAGAUUUACAAUCGUACCUCGCGAUGCCGAGGCGCCAUCUGGAAGUAGUCCGAUGUUCAGCUGUCAAGCGAGUGGGGACCCUGUGCCGACAAUACGCUGGAGUAAAACCGGUUCGAGCAAGUCCCCAACCCAGCAACUAAAGAAUGGCAGUUUGUUGAUUAGGAAUAUUCAAAAGGCAAACGAGGGACGUUAUUCUUGCUUAGCGUCCAACAGUUUAAAGAUAAUUAAAAGGGAAUUCACUUUAACAGUUUACAGUAAGUUUGACUUCUUUUGUUGAGAUUCUUAAGGCUCAAGAGAAUUAAGUGUAAAUCAGUCAAUGAGUCAUGAGGCAUUGGGCGCUUUCCAUUCAACCCAAAAUUCCGGACAUUUCGGUUGGUACAUCAAAUGGAACGGACCAUUUCGGUUUGGUCCAACCGGAAUAUUUGGGGACCAGCUUUGAAGGUAGUCCUCUUCGACCGAUCUGGUCAUUUUGGGCGGUCGGACCGAGAGGUCCUUUUCCAUUUGGCAAAAUUAUUGUCCCCAGUACCGCUCUUUUGUAUCCUGCUUACAAGAACAAUAACCAAACGCGCGGUGGAUUGGGUCGGGUCUGUGCAACCGGAAUGUACCGUUCCAUUGGGCACGUGGAAUUUCCGACAUUUCAAAUGGGAAUUUUGUUGAACGGAAAGCACCCAAUAUUUCGAAUCUCUGGGUUUGGUAGAUAUAGCGACAAACCACUUCGGUUAACCCUGAUCACUAAUAUCAAUAUUUAUCUCCAAUUGCUAUUGUCAGUGCUUACCCCUAAUCACUAUGCUUAAACCAGACCUGACUUAUAACUUGAUUCAUGACUCAUUGACACAUUUGGCACAUAAAACAAGAUUUUUCAAGGUUGGAACGUUUAUAGUAGUGUUUAAACACCUUGGGUGGCAGGCGUCGAUAGGCCGAGCAGGGGAGGAGGGGAAAUAGGAAAAGGUUUGGGAGAAGGGGCCCUUCUCUCCUUUAUCCCUGUUCUUUUUUUCUUUCCCUUUCCCCCGCCCUUUUUGAGCCUUCCACGUGGGCUAUAUUUUGACCGCUUGAUUUCUGACGUGUUGUUUAAGUAGUAAGGUCGCGAUGUAUUUUACCAAGUUAUGUCUGAAGCUUGCUUACUUGUCUUAAAGCAGGACAUAAUUGUAACAAAAUUUAGAAAACGUGUAAACUAAUUAAGGUGAUGGCUAUUAAAUCAGGGUGGUAGUUACAAUAUUGUUAGCCACCGAUCGCAGAAAUUUUUUUCAAUCUUUCAAGCUAUUAUCCUGCGAUCAGGCGAUCUUUCUUCCCUUUUGUUUGGGAGACUAGAAAAAAAAACGCCUGAUCGCAGGUUAUUAAACUAUAAUCUCCUUCUACCUUGCCUACCUAAGAAUAUUUUGAUUUUGGUAGCAUUUGCUAGAGGCUUAAGAUUUUGUAACUGAAAUAACGUUUUCUUUGUCUAAAUUGCAGCCUCAUGUAGAAUAGACCCUCAACAAAACGCAUUCCACGAACCAGAUAAGACGUUCUUUCGCGUUGGUGAAAAGGUCACUUUUCGCUGCAGUCCUGGGUUUGAAACGAAACAGGAUACAAAUCUAACUUGCCAAAAUGAUGGAAAUUGGGAUAAAAAUUUUCCGCAAUGUACUGGUAAGUUUAGCUUGUUCCUGGCUACAGAUAGCAGGGAUGGUGAAAAGAGAAGUUAGCAGGAAAAAAAAUUGAGAGGGCUUAAAGAGAGGGCGUGAUUAUGCCGUUCUCUUAUUUUUCCCUCUCCCUCUCUGCCGCUUCUGUUUUUCUCUUCGCUUUCUAUUUCGCGCCACACUAUCCAGUGGCGGGACAGAGCAUCAGGGGGGGUCAUCGGGCCCUGAGGGGGGCGGUCUCAAAACAAACUCCGUUUGGUCUAAAAUAAGGGGGCACAGGACCCCUGGAUCCGCCACUGCUAUCGGAACGCCUGCAAAGGCUAUGGUUAGUUAAAGCAAUGAAGCAUAGAUACAUAUUGAUGGAUUAUAAUCCUGCGGUCAAUAGAGAGGAGAACUGUGACGUCACGUUACCAUGGUAGCAAAAUUUCUGGAUGACAACAAUAGGGAGCUUAAGCACAGACAGCGGCGAUGGGAACGACUGACGACUGAGAGAUAGUAACGAAUUAGUCAGAACUUUCAUUCUGACGGCACGGUUUAGAGCGCGCAGAAGGUCAUGGGAUAUUUUGGGACUAUUUAUCUUUUUGGCGUGGGAUUUGGGGCGUUCUACGUCAGCUCAGUCGUCGUUUUUUUGUUAUUCAAAGUUUCUUUUCCGAUAGUUUAUAUUCUUAGGUGUUCAGAUCUGUAUGUUUUUGGAAUAAUCUUAAUUCGGUAUAUAGCUUAUGCAUUUAGGUAUUUUUUGGACUAACACUUCCAGCAAACCACUAUUUUAUGUUCUAGGCUAUAACGUGUGCCAUGCCAGAUACGAAAAAUCACUAAAAAAAAACACACCCUUGAGUGGUGGCCAAAAAAUGUGUGGAAACAUAUUCCUCUCCUGUUUUUCAUAUACUUUACUACGGUCGAAUCCCGAUAACUCGAACCUUUAAGAAGGGAAAUAUAAAACAGUUCGAGUUAUCGAGGGUAAAAUAAAAUAGAAAGCGAUCUGAAGGGAAUGAAAAUUGCUUCGAGUUAGCGGGAGGUUCGAGUUAUAGAGGAUUCGAGUUACCGGGAGAUGACUGUAUUACUGGGGAAAAUCAUUCGUUCUACCGAGGACUUCGUUAUCUAAAGGUUCGUUAUAUAUCGAGGAUCCACUGUUGAACGGUGAAUACCUUGUCACACAGACUACUCCAAAAAGUGACUAAGAAUAUAACAUUGAUGUAACUUAACUAGCCGACAUCUGCAUCAGAUGACUGAUUGUCGCAUCCUAAAAAUAAACUUUUCGCAUUGAAUGUGUCCUGUUAGUGGAGUCAGAAUUUGAUUCAUUUGUUAAGUUUGUUUGAUUUGUCCUCUUCGCCAGACAUUGACGAGUGUGCAAUCCUUGCCUCCAUCCCAUACAAGAAUACCACCAUACUUCGGAGUUGUCACGAGAAAGCUCGUUGCCUGAACACCGUCGGCUCAUAUAAAUGUCAGUGCACCACUGGAUAUGCUGGCGACGGAUUUGCUUGUGUUGGUAGGGCUUUUGUUCUCAUAAUUGUCAUUGCUCGUUAUACAUCGUCUGUCGAUCGUAUGAACUAUCAUCUCUCUCCAGGCUUCUCUACUUUGACUUAACCAGAUUAAGAGAAACAACUCGAUAACGCGUUUGUCUGCGCUUCACACAGGGAUCCAAGGGCUCAAAUUGCAAUUUUCCCGCCCUUUGCAUUAGGUGUAUGUUUUCCCUUGCUUUGGACCGGCUGCGUCUUAUCGGCUGUGGUUGUUAACGGCCGAUAUUAUUCCUCUAACUUUGAAUAGUUUGUUACAUUACCUACUGGCUUGUAUAAAAGUUGUGGUCGCUUUAAAACUUCUUUGUUUACUUUGUGCCCACUUUUUAUUUGUAGCUGUUUGCAUGCCACCAAACCAACAACCUAAUGGAAAAUGGACACCAAUGAAACCUAACUACCAGAUUGAUGACACAGUUUGGCUAGAGUGUUUGACAGGGUACAAGCUCGCAAAUCAAAAGCUUUCAAGUGUUACGUGUGGGAAAGACACCCUAUGGAGUACCCCUGGUCCAACUUGUCUUGGUAAGGGGAGAGUUUUCUUCCUGUAGGAAACUAUGUUGUGUGAGUUUCAGGAAAUUGAAGAAUCAGACGGCUAAGUCACAGAGAGGCGUAAAGCGCGCGGCGAUGGCUCCUGGAUAAACCGCACUUGCGUAAUCACUUGCGCAAUCUUCAGUCGUCUUGGGCGUCGUUUUUUAAAAAAGGGUUUUCCGACUGUAGGAUAAAACUGAAGUAGAACACAUCUCGCCAGAAGGUCUGGCCAUCUCUCGGAGUUAUUCAUCAUGUUGUUUAAUUGCAGAGUAGUUGUUGUUACGUGACUGAGACUGCUAUAUGUCCUUCAGGAUUCUUCUCUCGUGCGCAUUUACCUCACUCGCUUGCUCGCUCGCUCGCACGUAACAUGCUUGCCUGCGCGACAAUCCCGAGAGACUGAUAGCAGUCUACCGCGACCUAGAUCCAUGAUGCUCGACUACCCGCGAGGUCUUGGAAAACUUACCCUUAUACAGAAGAGUACAGGCGGAGCUCUGCGAUAGCUAUUAAAGAGAUAUCCAGCCUCCAUGUUUACACAGACACGAUUUUGCGGGUCGUUUCCUUCUAGAGUAGUGUAAAGAGAGACUAGCCUGCUGACUGUUGAAUCAGUUAUCUGUAGGGUACUCAUUGUAUUCUACCCAGAAUACACUCAAAGAUAACAUUUCUUGAUUCUCUGUUAUUUCUAGACAUUGAUGAAUGUACAGAGGGAUCCCGCUGCCAUAAGAAUGCUGAUUGUAAAAACACUCCUGGUUCGUUCACAUGCACGUGUAAGAAAGGGUUUGAAGGCGACGGCUUUGUAGAAUGCGAAGGUAAGAAAAAGAAUGUAAUGGUCAUUUCCUUCUCGUAAUGGUGAUUUCGGUGCGAUUUCUGUAACGGAGAGAAACUGCGCCGCGCCAUCUCGUUAGUGGAGAGACACCUAUCUGAUAGGUUCUAAGCCACACUUUGGGGCAGUGUGAACAGCGGAAGUGAAUGAGCAGCCAAGAGGACUGGAACCCACUGAGAUGGAAGUAGAUAUUCCGGAGUGAGGACUGGCAUUUAGAGCACCAAACACUCGCGGCCAACUGCUUUAUUUCCUUAUCCUAAGUACCACAAACGCCUGCAUGUGUACUGCGCUUAUCCUGGUCGAUGUUUUGUUUACUCAAGGCUGUUGAACGUUAGAGUGACGAAGCGGUCUUUCAAGUACGAUUUUCGAAAAGAUAUUAUUAUGUUUAAAGAAAUAAUAUUUUAAGAGUAACUUACAAACAUGCAAGACAAAUUGACGCAAAACAAGAAAUUGAAACCCAGGUGUCUAUCAUGCAGUUUUUUUAUCCGCCACUUUUGAUUUUUUGACACGAGGAAAGACAAUGACACAGACCGAAAGUUAGGUUUCGCAGUGUUGAUUGAUCUUGAAUGAUAGUUCAUUGACUAUAUCAAAAAAAUAUUUUUCAGAGGAGAGAACUCGAUUUCUUACCGAAACAACAGGGAAGACGUGGUCAUUUUCUGGCAAGAUGGACGUUUUAGUCGAUAAGGUAAAAGUAAAACCGCAUCCUUGUUGGGGUAAUGUUAAGCACUCGAUAUUAUAUCCAGUUUUCUUUACUCUGCGGUUUUCUUCCAGCUUGUUCGAAGAGAGUUGAACACACUUAGUUCAAAUUGUAAUUAUAACGCGGCGGGAUUAGCUCUGUCCGUAGAGCGCUUGACUACAGAGCAUGAAUAGGAGGUCGUGGGUUCAAUUCCAGGGGCCUGCUAAUACUCAGAGACUUAAAAUAACUCAGAAAUGAAGGUAAUGCCUCUGCUCGGCAGAUUAUGGUUUCAGUUUUACUCGAGGGAAAGUUAACUUCGUGUUAGGUUUACUUUUUUCUUUUCUCUCCCUGUACCAAAGUCUUAAAAGCCCUCGUAAAUGCAGUGUCAGUAACGUCCUAUGACGGUGUUUGUGUCUUUUCUUCUUUAACAGAUAAAUCAAUUUCAACGAAACAAUAUCACAGCUGACGAUCUGCUGGGCGUUGUGCUGAACUCAUCGGCUCCAGGCCCCCAGCAACUUCUUCCAGGUGACCUGCUGGUUGCCAUUAGAGGAAUGCGUGUUGCUCUCACAAGCAUGGACCCUAAACAGAAACUGUCCUCUGCUAAGGUACUUUAAAUCUGACCCAGCCUGGUCCCUAGUAGCCUGUGCCAGGCUCUCAGAUAGUAUAGUGGGAAAGUAUUAAAACGAGCUAAGCGAAAACAAGACACGCGCGUUUUUCGCAUUUCUUAUUACUGAACGACUUUCCACCACCAUCUCGGAGCUUGGAACAGGCUAAGUCCCUAGGCUUUCUCUCUUGCCCCGAUAUCCGCGCGAAGUCUGGGAAAGAGCGGGCGAGAGAACGAGUAUCUCGGCGAGUAUCUCUCGGUGACGUCACAGCUCACGGUAGAGUCCAGGAUUGACCGAACCGAGAACGCCUAGGGACUAGGCUGAAUCUGACCCUUGCCACUCAAAAUAGACGGCUUGCUCGCAGGCUAACCAAACGCAAGAGGAUAACUUAUAAGAGUAACAGCUGAAAAGUGCUCACAAUUAAAUGUCAAAUGCUAUCGCUAACGUUAGCCUGUUUUAUACUUUCUUCUGUCAGCCUACUCUUCAAAUUGCCAGUAAUCUUUUGGAUGAGCGUCAUAAGGAACAAUGGAGUGAGUUACAAGAGGUAAUUACCAUGCAAUACGUUAGUGCAUAUUGACAAGAUCUAGCUCUAUCACUCAUAAAUCUUCUCCCUUUCCUCCACUCCCAUGGUUACAUUUACAGAAGAUUAAAAGAUACUCCGCCCAUAGCCAAAAUGUAGAAAAUAUGAUUUAUCACCUCAUUUAAAAAAAUUGACGGCACAAAAAAGUGCGGUCUUUUGUUUGUUUUUUACAAAUAAGAAGGGUUUCCCCCACACAAUUUGAACGUUGCGCUUCAGCUCCAAACCGGAAAUGACGCAGAAGUGGAGAACGCAGUUACACGAUUCUGCAACAUUACAGGAGCCGAUUACUAAACGAGUGAUUUGAAGAGUUUAAAAGAGAUUUUACAGUCGAUAUUUCACCAAAAACUCUAUAACUUAACGCUACGCUAGUGUAUCGUUAGUUGGAUUUUCAGAAUAGUGCGAUGGAUGUUCCGAAAAUGUUCCGACACCCCUGACUCGUCCUCAGUCGUCUUCGUAACGUGCACGGUAGCAGAAGCAGGGGUUGAUGGAAAGAGAGGAGAGAUCUCCCUCGCUUUCCUCCUUCCCAUCUAACCUUGCGCACAACUACAGAGAGGUGAGAGACAACUGAGGACGAGUCUACUGACUCGACUCCCCUCCCCUCCCACCUUACGAUCGAGUGUUUCAGUUAUCUCUCCGUUUGUAAAGAAGCGAUACAACUGAACUUGAAUGGGAUUCUUUUCUAGGAAACAAAAGGCGUCACUGAGGUCAUGGCCUUACUAGAUAAAUUUGCCAUGGAACUGGCUGAUGAUCUAGAGAAACAAAGGCCGACGAAUGACAGUUCUGACAUAAAUAUUAAAACGGAGAAUGUUGGUGAGUAAAGAGAGCAGAGACCUUUAGAUUCGGGGAUAAGAUUUGACGUAAAGAUUUGUCGCGUAUUCUCAAAAUAUCGACACCCCGAAAAGCUUCAUUGCACUUUUUUACCACAAAAGUUUGCACGGUUAUUUUUUAUUGAUGGAGGUGAAAGCCUUUCCCAAUCGCUGGAUGAGACUUCCAACAUUUUAAAACUUGUUUCUUUUACUACGACAUUUUCGCUAAAAGUUAAACCCAUAGCAGAAUGACGAAGACUAUCACGUUUUCGCGCCGAAAUGACGUUGGUUCACGCGCGCACACUACUUUGUAUUUUGAAAUUUCUCGUUUUCGUAGUCGUCCUCAUCGCAGAAUUUAAAGGUCUUUAUUAGUAGCGAAAAGGAAACUAUUGUCAUUAGGAUGUUGUAAGGGUGAUAGGGUCAUCAAAAAGAAAAAAAUCAAAUUUGCCUUCGUGAGUGUAACCGUGAAAUUUCUCAAAUAUCUCGCACUGAGGGGGCUUUCCAAAAGUCAGAACUGGCCGACGAGACCGGUUAUAUUGAAAUGAAAUAUUUCGAAAUAUAAGUCUUUUCUUGAACGUUUUAUUAAACCCAUAUGCCUUGCAUACACCAUUUAGAAGUAAUCUGAUCUCGCUGGAUAGUCCUGAUUAAUACUGGAAUUCUGCCGACGACUGGACUGGUCUGGCUAGCCAGUUCUGACUUUUGGAAAUCGCCCUGAAUCAUAUUUUUAAAGUUUUACUGCUUUUCUUUUCUUUAGAAAUGAAGGUGAUGGUGAAAGAAGCCAAGAACAUUUCAACCGACGUCCAGUAUCCUGAACUAAGGAAAAAGGACAACGGACCUUCUGCGCAGGUUGUCUUGCCCCGAGAACUGUUCACAAAAUACGAAGGUAAUAAGUUUUUUUUUCCCAUAGAGGAAAUUCAAGUCCCGUCAUUACUUUCUCCUUUGUUUCAGCUUAAGACUUUCAAAAUUUUCAUAGAGCGCACAAAUCUGUUUGUCGGCGGGCCAUUGACUUCUUUUGUCGACUUGGAGAAGUAGGUUACUGCGUCUUUCAUCGCUAACCGCGACGGCAGCGGUAUCCUGAAAAAAGACUCAAUUUCGCGAAAUAUCAUGAGCCAUAUUUCGCUAUUUUUAGGAAUUUUUAGAUUUCGCGAUUUUUCCCAAACCGCGAAAAUCGCGAAAUUUAAUACUGGCGAAAUUAAUUUAGAAUAAGGUCUUUUCAACAAGCCAAACAACAUCUUUGCGCGUACUUCACACUUUUUGGUACAUUUCUUUGCCGUUACUGUACGAUCACGGACGUGAAACUGCUGGCAAUGUGACGUUUUGUGGAGUACGUUAACACACACAUUUCUUUUUCCUUUCCAAACUUGAAUGCGCUCUCUGAAUAUUUAACUCCAGGACAACUCGCCUGCAUUUUACAAAAUUUAAGUAGUUGGAAUAAUCACGAUAAAUUUUGAAAGAACGCGAGUGCACUUAAUAAGUGACGUUUUCACUGCCGUCGUUACCCUGUGUUAUUCACUAGUAACCCUUUGCUUCUUUAAUACAAUCCGAAAGAGCAGUGCACCAAAAUACCAAUUUGUAACCAAUUUCUGCGCUUUAUGUUCUGCGAAUGUUCGUGAAACUAGCUUUUGCCGGCAAUUUUCCAGCAAUUGCCAGCCUUGCAUUGUCAAGUUUUGUGAUUGGUUCAACAAUAUCUUUUAAGACAGGGUAAAGUGCACAAACUACAACUUUGCUCGGGGACGAGGGAGGAAGGAAAGAAGUUAGGCUUAGGCCAAACGUCGAAAUUUUCAUGAGACGAACCAAACUCUUAUUUGGGUCUACCUAAAUGAAGUUAAGAUCGUCUGUUGGGUCAGACGUCGAACUUUGGACGCGUCGAAACCAAUCAACUGAAUCAGAUCAGUAAUAAAUUUUCUCCCGAAGGAGGCCCUUUAAAAUAUACAUUAUUAUACAAAUUUUUUGCCCAUUAGUUUAGUUCGUUUUGCCCCAAAUGAGAAGAUGUUAAUGUUUAUCCUGAACGGGUCUUUAGAAACGUUCUAUCCGUCUUGGACGAUCGGAAACUCACGUCAGACGAACUCCAAACUCAUUCAGACGUCGUAACUUUCAUGAGGUCCAAUCUCGACCCAGAUUCAUCUCGCAUGUAAGUUUGGUUCGUCUGGGGUCGAAAUGGAUUGAACUCAUGAUUCGCCUAUGCUUUAAAGGCGUAUCGUGUUACUGAAACGUCGAACGACUUUUGACCUCCAUUGUCCAUUAUUAAUCUAAAUGUUUUCCUGUUUCUUUAAUCUUGUUUCACAUUUGUUUUCAUUUCAGGUGACAAUGUGGUCAAAAUAACCAGCUUCUUCUUCAAGGACCUGGCAAAACUAAUGCCAAGGAGAGCAGAGGGGUUCAAAAAGUAAUUUCAUCCGAGCAGUAAUGUUAAAAAUAACUUUACUUUUAUCGUUUUAAAACUAACCGAGAAACGGAAGUUACUUUCCCUGAAAAGACCACGCGCCUGCUUUCAGUGUGGUAAGCUUUAUUGGAAAAACUCAACUAACUUGACUUAUGUCGUCGUUGUAAAACUAACUGAGAGACGGAAAACGACUUUCCUUUAAAUGGCCAUGUGCCUGCUAAAAACCUAUAACUUCUUUUCCAGUAUUAUAAACUUAAUUCGAAAAAGUCUGUUUAUUUGUGGUAACGAUUCAUGGUAUUUCUAUUUUUACAGAUUCGAUGCAAGUUCUCCGAUGGUGUCCAGUUCACUGUCUCCACUUCCGUCCGGCGGGAAACUGGAUCCGCCCGUCAGAAUAACUCUGUCAAAUCAGGUACUAAGAUCUUACCAAGUUGUGAACAGACUCGUACCCAUUGUAGAUGUUUGAAUGUUUGAAAGUGUCGUGUCACAAGUACAAUCGGUGAACAAAAAUCAUUUCCGACACUUUGUCCUUAGUUACAAGAUUUCUCAAGCUUUACCGAUCUUAUCUACUUCAAGACCGAAAAAGCAAGCUUAUCCUCCCCUCACCUCCCCCAAACAAUGUUGUGUCACGCCACCUGCAGCAACAAACGAGUCAACAUCGGUCGGGGGGAUGGGGGGAUGGUCUAGAUCGUAUGUUUUUCGAACUCGCCAUUUGGCGACAGUGUCUGCGGUGAACGAUUUUUUGGUCACUCGCGUUUCGACGACAUGUGCGGAUGUCAUCGUCACAGCCAUAGUGACAGACUGUAACCUAGUCGCCGUUUAAGUGUCUUUUUUUUGUUUGUUUGUGGCGGAUGCUAUUUUGUCUUCGCCCUUUCCCUGACCCUCCGCGUGACUCCAUCGAACCCCAAUCUCCUCCUACCCCUAAAACACAUUAAUACAUGUUUAAAUAGUAAUAAUCAAUAUUUGCGUGUAUACUGAUAAGAGACUACUCUUUUACAGUAGCAAGUUGUGUUUUAAUUGCGUUUGUGUUGUUUUUAAGCCUGUAGAGAAAGAAGCGGUCACCAGAUGUGUUUACUGGGACUUUGAGAAGUAAGUUGUUUUGUUUGGUUUUGUUUGAUUGACGCGCACCAAUCGGUCAUACUCCACGUUUUCAACAACAUUUUGCAAACAAUCAAGUAAGAAUUACGGUGAAUGCUACCUGUGCAGCAUUUUCGGCACGUCGAGUAAUUCCAUGCGUUAACACAUAGGAAUGCUUUAUCCUAUGAUUUUGGGCACAAGGAGGGGAAGUCUCUUUAAUUUAAGGGAGUAUAUCCUUCCUUAUACAGAUAUUUAUACUUACUCGUAUCUGCGACGACAAGGGCGGUUAGCGAGAGGUGGAGAAAGUGCAACUGGUGUGAUAAGAGGGGUGUAUGUGAAUCCAAGUAGUACCCCUUGGAUCCGCCCCUACUUUACUACCUGCCUGUGUUAUUAGAGGCCUUUACUUGAUAGAAUUCGUCGACGUUGACGGCGAUUUUGGAUCGCGCGAGGAAUUGGUUUACAUCAUAUCGUGAGAUUUUGCUGUCCGCUCCGUUCAGCCACUUUUUUGCGUAAAGGCCUCUAUUUUAUCUUGCGUUCUCCUGUUCCCACGGCUGAGAUUAACCGGUUCAUUGUCAUUUUUUUAAUAGAGAAGCGAAUAAAAAAAGUUACUUUUAGAACUGUGAUUUUAUGCAUGGGAUGAUGUUUUCAGGUCCAAGGAACUGGGUGGAAGCUGGUCUGCCGAUGGGUGUAAGGUGGUGUCAAGCGCCAGUAAUGGUACAGUUUGCGAAUGUAACCACCUCACAAGCUUUACUUCGAUUUCUGUUUAUGACAAGGUAUAACCUGAACACUUAAACUCGCUUCACAUGCUCCCUACUUUCUAUCCUGCAAAGCACGCGUUUUCUAUUAUUGUUUGAGUGGUAGAAUUUGCUAGGGUUUUGUGCAGCUACAAUGUCAAGCAGUUAAGGAGCCGGGACGAGACAAAGGACACAGAGAAGUGGGUGAAGUAGACAGCUGCCUCUCUGCUAUCCCCCACAUAGUUCCUUCAGCCAAACGCACACCCAAGAUUUACCUUCCCCAGUGUUCCUCUGUGUGUUUAAUGACGGAUACCCAAAGGAGAUACUGCAAAGCUCUCUCUCGUCUUCCCCUACCCCACCCCCUCAAUAAAAGCCUACAGUGUAAGCAUGCGUUUUCUAUUAUUGCGCGAGUGGUAGAAUUUGGUCGGGUUUUGUAUAACUACAGUGUUGAAUCACCAAAACCUUAAGAAAAUGGGAUGGACGAGUCAAAGGGCACAGGGAGGAGGGUGGCGGCUCCCUACUGUCCCCUAUAUAGUUAUUUCAGCCUAACGCACACCUUUUACCCUCCCUGGUGUUCCUUUGCCUUUAAAUCGAAAGUGACGGAUACACACAGGAGAUACUGCAAAGAAUUCGUUCGCCCCGCCUUCCCCUCCCCCAAGAAAAGCAUACAGUGUAAGCUACCUGUUAUCGUAACGUUUUGUCGUCUUAAUUUCUUUACCAGGAACUCGCCCUUACUCUCAUUAUUUACAUUGGCUGUGGAGUCCUGUUGUUAGCCGCGCUAAUUGCAAUAAUCAGACACCUCUACAUCUACUGGUUAGUAGCUUCAACAUACAUUGUGCUAUCUGUCCUCUCAUUGGCUAAGAGCCUACAGUUAGUUUUGUAAAACAGCAAAACCAUCAGAUUAGUUCAUUAUUUUCUAGCAGAUAACUGAGAUGAGUAAUCUGUAGAUUGCGCGCGCAUUGCAAAUUUCCAAGAGCAAUGUCAAACUGCGUUCCAUUCGAUGGUGCGUUUGUCGCUAUUUUCCUAAAACAAUGUAUAAGAAGAACUAUUGGAUUCGGUUUUGUGAUAUCCGGAAUAAUGAAGAUAAGUGUUAACACCCGAAUACUUACCUCGGCCUUGGUUAUCCCGUAAAUCACAAAAACCUCAUCCGUUAAUUGUUUAUCAUCUGCCUUGCUCAUUAGUUCUUAUGACACUCUUGGUUGACAAUAACAGAUCCGUCAUUAUUAAGUCCAGUUUCCUGUUAAUCAUGUCAGUGAUAGUUGAGGACUGGAGUGAAGGCCAACGUUAUAGUGCACACAAGUUAAGCAUUUUCGAGAAGAAAAAAAGUGGCCUGACUUCUCUAAUGUACGCCGUAGGCUUUGUAAGAGACGCUCCCCCGGCCUCCCUCUUUUGACGCUUUAUAGGAAAGAGUAGAGAGGAAAACUUGGUAACGAGGUUGAAAAAGAAUCUGCUUUAAGCAUGAAAAUACAACAGAACGUCCUCAAUAGACAGACGCAGUAGUCGUCCUUGCAGGGAGGUCGGAAAUAUACGGCCAGGGGCUGUAUGAAGUUUGUCAUCGUAGGACCAAAAGAACUGUACAUGUGUGAGAGUUUUUUUAAGAGCUGCCGUUAAAAUACGAUUGAAACUAAUUUCCCAUCUUUGUUUUCUUCAGCAAGCGCCACGCGGAGCGUUCAAUCAUUCACGUUAACCUUUGUUUGGCAAUUGCCGCUGGCACAGCUCUCUUCGUUGGCGGGCUCAAACUGACAUCAAUGAAGGUGAGUGAUGACAAAAAGCAUUUUUCAAAGUAGCUUUAAUCUCUGUCUCGUUAGCCUACAUCACAAGACUGUAUCAUAAGAGAGGUCGCGGGGGCAAAUCUCCAUUGAGAUAAUGGCAUCGUUUGGCAUAGUGACAUCAAAGCGUCACUUUACAAAACCUGAGAGUAACCUCUUUUUAUCAAAUCAACAUUAGCUGCAAAUGACCGCUUGCAAAGGACCGCUAACGUAUAUCCCGCAGAACAUAGGAUGUAUAGAAGACCUGAUCAGCAAAAAUAUAUCAAGUAAACACAUUGAAAUCUGCAGAGUUGAUCGUGUUUGUCACUCUUUUCACCCUUGCACUAAAUUAGAAAAAAAAUGGCCACUAUUACGAGUCAAAGGUUUAAUACCUGUCCUUACUUUGUCCUUGUCCAGAUAAUGAACCGCGAUAAUUGCUGCGAGCUGCUGUUAUGUUGAGACUCUCCUGGCGCUUUUAAGUUUUGACAAGCUGCUCAUAGUUACAACACCAGAUUUCUGAUCUAACCUUAAUUUUUAUCGGCCAAGGAUGAGCAAUAAUUAUGGAGCUGCCACUUUUGCUUUUCUUGGAUCUAAAAUCUUGGAAACCAUUCCCUCUGAAUUAAAAAAGCUUUCUUAUAACCUUUUUUAUGAGCAAUACAAACUUUACCUUUUAAAUAUCCAAUAAGUAGAUUGACUUCUCUGCCAACACUACCAAUAAUCAUUUCUAUUGUUUUUUAUAAGAUCGUAAGUACGACUUUUUGCACUUUUAAUUUUUCUUUCUGCCCUUGUACGUUACUCGUAGUUCUAUGUAGAUGAUUAACGCCAGUUAAUUGCACGUGGCAGUGACCAAAUCGAAAGCCCAAGCUCCUUUGGUCACUGCACACAUUUCACCUUUCAUGAUUGAUAUAAUUUGUUGUUCUUGCUUUUGUAAUACUAGUAACCUCUUGUAAUAGUGCAAAAAAUAAAUAAUCUGAAUCUGAUUAACCAGGUGGCUUCAUCGCAAAAAUUGAUGCACUCCUUGAUACUUUCUUAUCAAAUGAAACAGCAGUAAUAACUAUCCCAAAUUUACGGUAACACGCGCGAAGCCGUGCAAAUAACUCAAACCAGGAGAGAAGAAUGUGACAUAGAGGGAAACGCCCAGUCUUGCCCUUGGGAUGUGUGAAUUUCACCAAAGUUAUUUUUAGCCCAAUUAGACGCUUGAAAUUAAUCGGAAACUUGUUUCUGGAGAGGUCCUCAAAAUUUUAUUCGUGUCACAAGGGACAUUUUGCUCUCUUGGUGUGUCGCCAUUAGAAUAUUCUGCAUUGUUUGAUUUGAGGCGGUCGUGCGUGCACUUGAGGACGUUUCAAAAAAUCGAUUAAAAUGUGCGAACGCCCCAAAUAAAUAGCAAUGUUUUUUCACAAAUUUGAGGUACCCCUUGAUGCUUUCUUGUCAAAGAAAAAUGCUUGGAUAACUCCAAAUUUACAGUAACACGAGGCUGUGCAAAUAACUCAAACCUACUCUUAGCCUGAGUAGCAUUGCUGUAUUGUCGGGCGCUCUACUGAACGGCGGAGCCGCAAAAGCGCGCGCGAACUGGCGACGAACCCGCCCCAAUCUCUUCGCAGUUUCAUUGGCCCGACCUCAUGGCUUGUUUGCGCGCCCGACCAAAACCGCCAUGCUACGCAGGGUAUCCUAUUCUUCAACGUCAUGUGAGGUUUGUCUUUUAUCUAAUUAACGCCACUAAACUAUCUUUUCUAUUUUAGGUGGUCUGUCUUGUGAUCGCAGCAUUGCUUCAGUAUUUCUUUAUUGCCAUGUUCUGUUGGGCCGUGUGCGAAGGACUUCAGUUCUUUAUGACGCUUACAACGGGAAAGAACAAGAAAUCAUCCCGGCUAAAGUACUUCUUUAUCAUUGGAUGGAGUGAGUUGAAAAGACAAAUUUCUUUUGGUGGUUAACUUGUCUGCGAAUACAGCCGCCUCUCAUCGCUCCCCGUCGCUGGGACGCUUUGUGAGACGUUGCAGCGACAAGGAACGAUGUGGCUGAGGCAGCUGUAUUCACAGUCUAGUGUUGUACGUCCAGAUGUAAAGUCUGUAAAGGUGAUGUCAUAGUUACACAGGACGAUACGCAACGACGAUUUUUAGCGCAACACAGCGUUGCAAUGUUGGAGCAAUGUUGUAACUAUUCGAAAUAAUGUCGUAACAAUGUUGCAACGCUGUGUUUCGCAAAAAAUCGUCGUUGCGAAUUGUCUCGUGUAACAUCACCUUAAAGUAAUGAUAGCAUCCGGUGAGCAAAGCCUCCUUUUGUCUUCUAAAGUGAGGAGGAUAAAAGGAGACUCUCUGCCUGAAUCAUGUCAAACCUUUGAAGUUGCUGAAGCCCGAACUUCUCGACCAGUCAAUCUUGUUUUCUCUCGUCAAACCGGUGUUUUGAGUCCGAGCAUCCGUUUACUAAUAAACCGCUGGUCAUAACUGAGCCCGCUGUACCAAGCGUACGGCUAUUAAGCCUGGGUUCGAAACUGUAUCGGGGCAUCAAGCAGCGCAUGCUCAACUAGGAUCUUACUCGAUUCAUGUAGAGUCUUUCUCGAGUACGCCAAAAUCGAUAAGGCUAAAGAAAGGCUCUGGUAGGACGGUGUAAUGAUAGGAGCCCUUCCGUCGAUCAUUUCAUCAUUCAAUCCUAAAAACACAAUCUUUUCUUCAAGGAAAAAGCGCUUUUGACCCUUUCUUUUUUUAUUUGUUUCGAAGUCUUUCGAAAAGAAACGGCUGAGUAUCAUGCGAUUUCUUUAUAAUCACUAAGAUCGUGUUUUUUUUGUUUUAAAGCCAAUUAUAUAAUUCCACGUGGGGCCUAUUGUUUUUGGAAAACGACACUAAAUGGUCCUCGAAGGGUUUCAUGAGUAUCCAGAGGUCGGUAAAAACUGGGGUCUGUAAACAGUCUCUUACAAAUAACACUUGACUACUUCCAAAAAUAGCAUGAACGCCUCCGAGUAGUCCUCUAUUUCAGUUUUGUGAAAAACACACAUAGCAAAAAUUUUUAGUCUUCUUUUUCCUUUGACACCGGUUGAUCAUUUCUUCGUUUUUUCUGUUUCAGUUUUUCCCUUGAUUGCGGUAGGAAUUUCGCUGGGAAUUACCCGACUUAGUGGAUACGGAGAUGGUGAUUGGUGAGUUAUAUUUUUGUUAAUAUCAACAGAACUUACGGGUCGCCAACGGGAUGAUAGACCUUUUUAGCUGGUGUGUUUUGUUUUCCCAUUUCAGACCAUGCGAUUGGUUCUCUAGAGAACAGUUUCUAUCCACGUGCACCUGUGCAUAUACAUUAUUUAUUAAAAGACAAAAAGCAAAUUCCCUUGAGGACAUCAUCAUCAUCGUACAAGCUGAAAAGGUCUAUUUCGUUGGGCGAGAGUGCUUUUCCGCUGCCCAGAGGAGGAGCGCGGGCGCAUUUUUGCCACGAGGAAAUUAUUAACGAGUUGCGGACACAAGUCAAGACGAAGCUCUUGCGCGCAAAAUUCCGCCAGCUAUUUUCAGUGAUCCACUCUACGGAAACUCUAUCCCCACACUACAACACUGUACCCCUGCUCGCCGAAGAGUUUGGGUGUCGGAGGGAGGGGGAGGGAGACACACCCUCGUACAAGCUAUACAAUCAGGUUUCUCUACUGGAUAUCUCGCUGCCCAACGUUUCAGAAUUUGCGUACCGAUUAAUGAAGGUGGAAGUCAGCCACAUAUAUUUGCCACAGAGUUAUGCGUUGUAUAAUAUGAUCUGUUUUGAAAGAGGUUAUUGUAAUCAGUCUGAUGGUUUUAUCAGCCAUAUUAGUCCUGGAAUAGUUAUCAACAUAUCGGGGAACCAGUUGGUCUGAUAUUGGAUGGGUGUGGGUAUAAUUAUUGGGUUUCAGAAACACUUAGAUACUCUACUGUUCUAAUGCUAUUUGCAGGUGCUGGCUUGAUUACAGCACUGUUUUGAUGUGGGCCUAUGUUUGUCCUGCGGCUGGAUUUAUCUUUGUAAGUACAUAUUUUCCCAAUUAAGUGGCCUGUUUCCAAUACAUGGGUUUUCAUAGCUUAGUUGGUAGAGAACUGCAGCGCUAACGCAGGGUCCAUGGGUUCAAAUCCCGUUCAAGCGCCGAAUUGUUUUCGAGUUAAUUUGCAAUUUAUUAAAUUUUUAUAGCUCUGCGACGAUGAUAUCUUCAUUUAAAUAUGAAUGGACAUUGACAUUGUUGAUUAUGAGUACCGUAAGUCAGUCAUCAGUCCUUUAGCCAUUCAAUAGACCUUCUUCACGUCACUCACUCGUCAUAUUCGCCACCAUAGAAACGAGAAGGAAGCUUGGCCCAGCUACCCUUGGCAAGGAAUUCUGGGACGGUUACUGGGGACAGGGAAAAAAAUUGCCAAUAGGUGACUGGUGCGUUUAGUAACAAUCCCAGGCACAAUUGCGGGACACAUUUCGGCUCCAGUCUCCUGCUCAUUUCUAAAGUGGCGAAUGAUUGACGGAAACAGUAUUUAAUUCAUUUCAGGUUAGCCUUGUGGUGAUGAUUGCUGUUUUCUGCGCAAGAGGUAGAGCAAAUGCCGACCCCACUGACAAGAGAAAAGUGACGUAAGUCAACUUCAAACGACAACUUCUUUACUAUCAAGUCUUUUUACCAAUCUAAAUAUGAUCUUCACUGGGUCAUAAACAAUUUUUUUUUCUAAUUUGGUCCAAGGGUGAUAAGAGUGACAAGCACGAUCAGCUUUGUAGAUUUCAAUGUGUUUACUUGAGGUCUUCUAUACAUCCUACGUUCUGCUGCAUAUAGAGCAUUUUCACUCACGUGGUCAGCAUAUAUGCAUAUUUAUUGGAACAAAAGAAAGCGUUUGCAUAUGAAAAGAAUUCAACUCCCACAGGAUUGUCUUGGUACACCAACAUGGCUGCCGUUUCAUUGUUUUGGAACACCAAUAUGGCCGCUGUGACGUCAUGUGAAAACACUCUAUACGUUUGCGGUCCUUUGCAGUUAAUGUUUAUUUGAUAAAAAAUGUUCCUUUCAUUUCACUGCAACUACCAGAUUUCUUUUUUUUGUUUGUUUGUUUUUCUUUCUUUAGCAAAGAAGGACUAUUUUUAUUCUAUAUCAAUAAAAAAAAGCCAGCGGGAAAGAAUGACGGACAAACAAAAGAAAAGAAAGAAAGUAUCUAAGAACUACGUAAUAUUCGAAAUCAGUAACACACAAGACGGGAGAAUGGUAGCUUUCAAUGCAACACCCUCUGGGAUUGAUUGAGUGUACAUGCGUUAAUUACAACAGACCUUUUUACCGAUACGGCGGCCAUAUUGAGUAAGUUAGAGUUAAGGAGUAUUAUGGGAUGCCUAUGGGGCAUGAGCACGUUCCGUUUAGUAUUUACGAGCGUCUUUCGGGGCAUUUUUUCUUAACGUUUUCUUAGAAUAAGAUUGUAAUGGGAGAAAAGAUCGUUGUGCAGUGUUUGGAUGUAAUAAUGAUCGCCUUUUUCCCGAGAAAUAUACAGUGAAGGACCAUAUUUCUAAUACUGAUCGAGUACAACGGAUCUUGCCCAUGCACCCUGGGCAUCCCAUAAUACUCCUUAAAUCGAAUUAAUUCAAUAUGGCUGCCGUAUCGAUAAAAAGGUCUAUUGGUUAAUUGUAUCCAUAGACGACCAUUAACUUAGCCUGCCUGCAGACUUCUCCCUUCUUAUUUCCUUUAUUUAUUUGCUCGCGAAAUAGCAGACGUCUGGACACAGCCUACCAUGAAGCUGCUUAUUUUGUCCACCUUGACUAUCCUGUACCCAUUUUCCUCCAGUGUAUAGGGAGUGGCAUUGGCCAGUUUUUGAAUUAUUAAAAGCCGUAGUUGGCAGUUUAGAAAUGAAUCGCAUUGAGAUAAUAGUUCAUAUGUUUUGGUCCCCUCAGCCUCGAAGCCAAGUAUGAAUUAUGUUGUUUCGAAACUAGCUUUAUGUAAUCAGCAGUAUAGAUCGUUUUCACUGUCACGUAACAAAAAAAUAAAUUGGAAACUGUCCAGUGGAAGAAGCCAAGAAAAUGAAAUGUUAUAAGAGACUAAUAUAUAAACAAUUUGUCCAGGCCUCAGGUCUUUGUGGUUCAAGGUUUCUGAGUUAUUUGCCGAAACGUUUCACGCACCUUUGUAGAGCUUUGUAUGGAGACACCAUAUUGGUGCACCGUUUUGGUGCACCAAUAUGGGGGCCGGAAAUCAACAAAAAAAUCUGGAGUUCACUUUUUCUACCAAAGCUCUUUCUUUUCACUCGAGAACUAGCAUACGUGCGCAUAAACAUAUCUUGUAAUACUUGCAAUGGUUAUACUUCUGAAAAUCAAGAGGAGAGACUUUUUUUCAACGAGACAGCAUAUCCUAUAUUAGGGUCACGCACUGUGAAAACUCGGAAGUUCAAAUUGCUGUAUUUUUGAAAUGAAACAUGCUACGGGAAUGGAAACUUGUGUAGAGAUUUACUUUUUGUUUAUCCUCGACCUAGUGGAAAUAGGAAUUCGUAAAACCUCUCUAUUUUGGCCUUACAAUUUGACGUCAAUGUGAAAACUAUCCAUUCUCUCUCUUUUUAGCCUCUCCAUCGUGCUUCUUUUUAUUUUGAUCAUUGCAAUCGCCGGGACCUGGAUUCUAGCUGCUAUUUACGUCAAACAUCAUGAAACCAGCUACUGGCAGUACGCUUUUGCAGGUGCAUGCGGCUUUCAGGUAAUAUUUCAGUAAUGUCUUCGUUACGUCACGCAGUACAAAGCAAACAUUACCUGGUUUUACUAAUAGCCCCUUUUGCAGACGUACUUUAGCUCCAUUACGCAAUCCUCUCCAACGUGAGCAUUUCGUAUCGAGCCAAAAGGACUUCGGCUAGACUGCGAGCGGUCUCUUAUUUUCCUGUUGAGUCACAGUAGUUCGAGAGCGCGCGUGAGGGGCGAGUGGCGAAGCCGCGAGGAACGAGGGCGCAAACCCGAGGAAGAAAAAAAAACAAUAAGAAACUGCGAUGGGAUCUUUGAUCUGGCGAUCUGCCGCUUUUCACGCCUCCUUGGUUGACAAUUGACUCAAUUUCACUUUUUUUUACCUGUAAGAGACUGAGAUUGUUUGUUGUUGAAAAGUGGCGAUCUAACCAGGAAUUCCUGUUUCACUGAAAUGGUAAUUUUAAAAUACAAUAAACACGUGCGCGGUCUUCCUUUUUUUCCUCCACCCCAACUUUUCCUCCUCUUUGCAAUCAAUUUGAUUAAGUUCACUUUUUCGCUCUCCGCGCGUGGUCCUGAGGAAAAAGAGGAUGACCCCUCGUGGUCUAAACGUCUUCAAGAGAUUUAAUAGCCUGAAUCAUCAUACAAUUACACUUUUAUAACUUUAUUUUCUUCUUUUUGUUUUUUUUUCAGGGAAUUUUGCUGCUUUUAUAUUGUCUCAUAAACCAGGAAGUGAGUCAAAUUGAUCAUUUAUUUAAAACCUGUACUACGAAGACACUAACUGGGGAAAAUCUUUAAACUUAAGUUAAACCUUUUGAACAAAGACUUUUUGUAUUAGCCUGACAAAUUAAAAACAGCCGACAUUUCGCGAUGCCACUGCUGGUUUCCCCGCGAAAUGACGUCUGAGGAACGACUGCAGAAAUUCAAUACUAAUGACCUGUCAUUACCCAGAUCCGGUCAGUUCUUUUGAUUGGUUAAGGCAAAUUUUCCUCGCGGUACGACCAAUCAGAAGCACCAUUCAGAUUUGUGUAUUGACACGCCAUCGAUAUGGAAUUUCUGCAGUCUUUCCUCAAACGUAAUUUCGCAUGGAAAACCUUUAGUGCUGUCGCGAAAUUUCCACAAUCUGAUUUCUGGAUUAUGCUUAUUUUUAUAUUUCUGUUAAAUGAAAUGAAUUCGCGAAAAGGGGUGAAAUGGUAACCGUGGCCAAAAGAUAGAUUUCUGGGAUCACUUUAGGGUUUCUGGGAAACUGCCCACCUACCCCUCCCCGAAGCCAUCAUUUUGCCCUAAGUGAGAAGUAAGUGUUAAUGUUAGCUUAAUGGAGGGGAUAGGUGGGCAGUUUCCCAGAAAGCUAAAUUGAUCUGAUUUUUGUACACUUAUGUACGAAGGAAGCUCAAGUUUUAGCUGGUAUUCAAUCGUCGAUGUCAUCCUAGGAAGAACAUAUCCUCUUGACUGUUCUCAGAGGAUAUCGAACCUUACAUUUCUAUUGGUGAACUUGCUUCACUAAAUAAGUAAUCCCUAAACGUCAUUCUUCCGUGCGGCCAAUUCAUUUUUUUUUUUUUCACGUGUUUACCGAAAUGCACGGUCGCGAAGGCUUGGGAAAACGCCGAACUUUAAGGUUGUACACAGCCCUUUCUUUUAGCGUUAGAUUUGCUCGUGCGAGGGCUUGCUAUAAGGGGCUGCCAUCGUGGUUUCAAGUGUACCGAGUGGGGUAAGCUUCGGGUUUCGUAGGGUCAAGGAGGGUAGUUUUUCGUGCUUCCCACACACCAACGUCCGCCCUCUCAAACCAAGAUGACCGCCAGUUAUAGCAAGCGCACUUUCUCGUUGCUCUUAACGGAAAAUUGGAUACUGUGAGCAGCCUUCAUGUUUUACGACAAACCGUUCAAAUCUUCUUUAAUAAUCGUGGUUGAUUUUUAAAAUUGUUGUCCAUGCCACUCUUGAAAUUGUAAUUUUGUAGAGACAACUUAAUAAUUUCUACUCCUUUGAUGCAUUUCAGAUCAAGAACUUCGCGUGUCUUUCCAAACCUAAGAAACACCGACCAAAGGAAAAAAGGAAUUAUUACAGUACCACCGAUACUGUCCAGGUUAGCUUUGCCCUGAUAACUACUCUGGAAGCAUCAGAAAUCAAAUAAUUCUCACUGUUGCUAUGCAACCCUGAGGGGGGGCGUCCUACCGGGAGGCUUCGCCCGAAAGGGGUACUUUCUUCAGGCUUCAGGUAUAUGAGAAGUAGGUGUUUUACUGGUUGAAGUAUCUGUUAUUACUGUCUGUGGAAGGACCUUAAAGGGCUAACAGUCGCAUUUUAUGGCCGUGAAAAAUACAAGAAAACUUUCUGGUUUAAAGGGGCACCAUUUCCUAAUAAAAGUAUAAAAAUAUGAAAGGGGUUCCUUUUUUGUCGAAAAUGGUACAUCAACGGAAAUUUCACCCAGCUUACAUGAAAGGGUGGACGCAUAGAUAACCAGAUUUUUUUACCCUGGGUGCUCCGCUGCACGCGCUUCGCGCGUGCGAGAGCUCUGCAAUUAAACAAGAGCCCCUCUCAAACAGGCGCUCCCUUCUCUCCCUUUCCCCCUUAUUUUCUUAAAUAGUAGGGAUACAAAAGUAAUGCGAUGAUCUGCGUAUCGUUGACGAGGAUGAUCUCGAAGAUGCUGAGAUAAUCGAUACCCAUACAUCAGUGUGUCAAGUGUUUAAUGUGACUACGGUACGCUCUAUUCCCAACUGCUGUUUUAACAAACAAAAGACAUAAAAAUCGACUUCACGUUUCAUUUUCAAAUAAGCCAAGAAAACCUAUACUCCGUUGAAAGGAAAACUUUAUAAGCACCCCUUUUAUUAAGCGCCCGUCUUCCAAUAAGGGCCCCCUCCUUUCAGCCGUAAUUUUAAAUAACCACCCGAGCGCUUAUUCGAUAAAAUAACAUAACACUGAUUUUCUUCUUUCUUCUAGUAUUUCUCAUCUGAAACUACCGCAGUUGAUGGGAAAACGUACACAGUCACUAGACCAUCCAUUAAGGAAUCCAAUACUGAUCUGCGAGGAUCGUCCAAGAGGUUAUCCCGCAUUGGUUCAACAACAGGGGUGUUUGAAAGUGAACCCGAAUAUCCUUCCCCCAUAAUGGACACACCAGCACACAUGGACAGUGCAGUUAAAAGGUAAUUGCCAACAAUUUAGCGUAGGGAAUCUCCCCCUCAUUAAUACCCUGUGUCACCGAAAUUACAAAAGGUUUAGCCACCAUCCAGGGCCUGGUAAGACCAAAUAAGGUUAUGCUAGCCGUGUGUUUAAGAUCUUUCCUCAAUUCGAAUGGUCGCUUCAUUUGGCGCUGACUUUAAGCCGUUGGCCUUGUUUCUAGCCCGAGAAAACAGCCGAGUUUUCGCGAAGCUACCGCUGGUUUUCCGGCGAAAGUACGUCAGAGUAACGAGCGCAAAAAUUCCUUACUGAUGACGCGUCUCUACUCAGUUUUGGUUAGUGCUUCCGACUGGUCGUACCUUCUUUAAUUCAUCCCUCUUUCGUUUGGUAUUUUGCAAAGAGCAGUUGAAAGAACCCACCGUGUUUUUGGAAAGGGUUUUUCAAACUCAUUAAUUAUUCAUGCAGUCUAAGGCCAAUAAAUGACGACCAUUUGGGUUAGGUAGAUGAAUCUUUAUACCUAAUGAAACACCACCUUCAUCUGAAAAGAAAGAUGUUUUAGUGAUUAACACAACCCAUUGAAACAAUGCAGUGUUAGAGAAAACAUGCCACUGCUUGAUUUCUUAUGGUUAGGUCUCUGUUCAGUUUCUCCUCUUCUUCAGUCUCCGCUUCCAAAAAUUUUCAGCAGUUAUUAUUAAUGAUGUUAAUAAUAGUUAUAAUGAUGGUGAUGAUAGUGAUGAUAAUAAUUUAUUCUCGCGCUAUUUAACAUCGAUCCAGCGUGAUACCAACGACGAGGGAGAAGAAAGCCUCUUGAACCCAGCGCAGAAACAUGUAUAUUAAGACUGAGCUGAGAAAAAAAACUCAUCCUUAAAAUAACUGAACACAAGUUACUGUUAAGAGAAAGCAAAUUUUACUUUUUUUCGUACGAAAAAGUAAUCAUAUUCUCAUUUCGUCCAAGAUACAUCGAAGACCAACCGAUCCCAGAAACCCCUGCGGGUGAACCAAUCCAGUUGCAGUCAUUCCCAUUCCGAAAAGGAAGUUCAUCAAUCCCGGAUUCGGUCAGCGAUCGGCGCCCGGACGGUGCCGAAGAACCUGAAGUGUUUGUGACGAACUUCUUCGGGGAACGCAAAGGCUCGAAAAGCAGUGUGCGUAAAAGUUUGGAUACCUUAUCCAGUUAUUCAAAGCUGCAACAAAUUCCGGAGCGACAGCCCCUGAUGAGUGCAUCGGACUACCCCGCAGCAGAGUCACCGCCUCCUUACAACAGCAGACCAAGGCACAGAUCGCAGGAGUUUAAGGUAACCUCACACACAGAAUGUAGACCUUUUAACCGUUCAAGUCCCCUUAAAUUUCUUACUGCCUUUACCCAUACACAAAAUACUCCUGUAGAGUUAUGAAGAAGAUGUCACACAAAUUUAAGGGAGCACUGACCAUAAUAAUUUUUUGAUGGGUUUUGCUGGUAUUGCAUUGAAACUUGAAAAGGUUGGCCCUACUUUUUCAUAUUUUAAUCCAUGUCCAUCCUUGCCAUCCACUGCAGCAGACGACAGGAACAGGUUCCAAGCCUAAGUACAGUCUUAAAUAACAAAAUCGGCCCAUUAUUUUUUUAAUUCAGUUGAUGUGAGAAUAGUUUUAGCUUUUUUAACAAGAUGGUAAAGAACAUGACAGUCCUAUUAAAGAGCACUAUGCAAAAUUGAUCACAAGAGACAAUCAAAGGGAGAGUUUUGAAGGCCAUAUCCAAAUAGACUCAGAGUUCUCAAGAUUACUUGAACCUUUAGCCUCUAUUGUUAUCCCUUAGCCAUUUUGUACAUAUCGUGCAUUUCUUUUUAUAAAUUCUCAAUUUAUAACUUACCUGGUUUUUCGCCAUUAGCGUUCAAUUUACGACUUCGAAACCGGAUGGUGGGGACAAGGGAAUGUGUCCCCCAAAAUGAAAACACAUUUACUGUUAUGUGUUGCGACUUUUAUAUUUCUCCGUGCUUCAAUUAAAGGAAACACAAGUUUUGAAUCUCCUUAUGGGUAUGGCUUUUUGCUCAUUUGGUCUUGACUGAACCGUCCACCUAAUCGAGGACUAUGCAAACCACAUGGACUCAGUGCAAAAGUGGCUGCUGGGUUAAUAUUCUUUUGUUGUAAUUAAAAUUAGCCUGACUCGGCCACGCUUGAGAUAAGGUGUUCUUUUGAAUUUUGUACUUAAGAACGAGGCUAGUAAGGCUGACUUGAAUAUGAACAAAAGAAUAUGAACCACUGAGGCCAUUUUUGCGUAUGGCCUACAGUUUCUCCAAGGACAUAACGUCCAGUCUUAAUACUCGUUGCGUUUCUCCCCAGAAGUUAACCCCAUUUGAAGAAGAUCACUCCAUCGAUCCUAAAGAUGCUGCCAUGGAUUCCUCACGCAGGAAGUCGCGUCGUUCUCGCCGACGACUCGAAGAAGAGUUCGGUAAAACCGAUCGAGAAUCGAUCGAAAGACGCAAAAGGAGCCUACGGUAUUCGUCUGGUUACCUCAGUGGAGUCACUGUCGAGCAAGAGGUUCAAAAAGCGGAUAAACCUCAUGCAAGUCUUUGAUUAGGCUGCAAAACAAUAGUUCGUAUUUAUAGCGUAGUCAAAGACGCGUGAACAGUCAAACGAAAGGUCUGGAGCGAGGCUGAAAACGAAGAGUGUGACUGGGGAGAGACGCGAAAAAUGCGAGGGUGAACUCGGGCGUGUAAGCCGACUCUGACCCGACGGUGCUUCGCGUUUUGAUAAACCGAUCUUGAGAAAAAGCCCGACUGCUUUACAGUCCAGCCUUUGAUGAACAAGAUUGACGUACAACAGUAGUUUAUUUUUACAAUCAAAGAGAAAAGGACGUUUUGCGCCAAAGAUGUGUGAACUAGGCUUGGUUUAUACAGUUGAACUUGGUUGUGCGUACAAGUAAUUGUUUAGUGAAGAGCACCUUACUACAGGUUUCUACAUCCUGCUAACUGAUUUCGCGUGCGGCAUAAUAAUAUCUGGGGCUUUUGAAGAAAGUUCCAGAACGUAGAAAGGUAUACGUCAUAUGUGUGUCAAAGCUCCGUUCCUCUCUCCGAAAACUACAAGGGGAAUGGGUACAAGCGUUCGGCGCAAUGAUUCCUGGGAUCGGUUCGGUUCACAAGCUUUGCUUGUGAUUGGCUAAUGGUUUCCUUGAAUAACAUCGACCAAUCAUAACUAACACUUUUCCAUCCAAAAGAUCCCGGUAGUCACUGCACCCAAAGCUUGUACCCAUUCUCCCUAGAGAGUUUCUGAAGGGGAAAAUUGAAGGAAACGCAAGAAGACGUAUACUGGGAUCGUCAUUGUGCUACAAGCUUUAUUUCACUUGCAACGCGAGCUGUAUUAUCCGUAAGGAACACUAGUCGCCGGAGAAAAUAGGACAUAGCUGUAGCAGAGAAAUUAUUGCGUGAACUGCUUAUAUCGCAGAGGAUGGUUCGCCUUGCUCGAGCACAGCUGGCAUUUUGUUUUCCGAUUUUCCGAUUUCAAUAUUAUUUAUAGAGAAAAUCAGGCAUUUUUUUAUUAUUGUAAGUCUGAAAGACGAUAAAAUAAAGAGAG